AUGCGUCACACUUGGGGUGUGUAAAGGGGGGGAGAGUUGACGGAGAGGAGGGAGGUUCGGCAGUUUCCGUCGUUUUCCGAAUCUCCUCCCUGCUGCCCCGCCCCCCUUCUCUCUCGGCAAUCUCCGUCCGCCUCCGUCCCUCCCAGCCCCGCCCCUCGUCCCUUUCCGCCCGCCCUUCGGCCGUUUCCGCCCGCCCCCUUUCGGAAACGGCCGAAGACGCGCUGAAGGAACCGGCGGCGGGCGAGGUGAUGCGAGAGGCGAGGAGGGCUGUCGCGCGCGGAUUGGGUGGCUGGCUCCGUGGGACGAACCAUCCGCGGCUGGCUCGGAGGUAGGCGAGACGGGGGAAGGACGGAGGCAACGCGGGAUUCCGCGGGGGGUGCGGGGAGGCGAAAACAGCAGCGCGUCUCUCCACCCGCACCGCGCGCCCCCCCCGCUCCUUGUCCUAAUGGUCGCUGCCUACGGAUCCCGGGAGCGGCCGGCUUAGCACUGCGGGAGGGUUAAACUAAGAAGGUGAAAGCGGAGGGGGGAGCGAGACAGAGAUGGAACGUACCACGAGUGAUGAAGGAGAGGGGUGUGUGCGCACAAGGCAAGUAUGCGAUUUUUUUGGGGGGGUGCGUUGAGUCUCUGCAGGGGGAAUAACCCCCUUUUUUGGAUAAUGGUACUGCCUAAAGAAGGAGACCCCCCAUCCCCCUUUAAGGUAGCUUUGGAGGUGGGGGGGUCUCUCCAUCUGGGGGGCUGUUUGGGGGUAAUUCUGGGGACACCCUCCAAAAAUAAUCAUGGGGGGUCUAGGGACUCCCAACUUUGGAGGGCAAAGAAGUAUCCCCCUAAUCCUGGGGUCUGGGGUCUUUCACCUGUGUAUGCAUGUGUGGUUUUUGAAAGCGCAGGCACUUUAUUAUUAACAUUGCCAUUAAUAAUAAUGUAUUAUUGCCAUUAAUAAUAACGUAUUAUUGCCAUUAAUAAUAAUGUAUUAUUACAUGUCGGAGGCUUGGUGUGUGUUUGAUCUGGUCACCGGUGUGUUUGGUUUUGUGGAAGAGCUAGCUCUCUGAAAUCCUGUGCCUUUAGCACAUGAGUGCUCCUGGCUGUGGCUUGCAGAUCCGAAUAAUAAGAAUAAAAAGAAAUAAUCCCAUUAGGUAGGGGGAAAGAAGAAGCCAAAACAAUGCAAAACCAGAUCAAACCAUCUCAUUGUGGUGGUGGUUGUUUUAAAUACAAAAUCCUGUCUUCUCUUCCCCUGGCUGGCAUUUCACCUAAUCUCAUAUAAAACAUUGGUAUUAUUAUUAUUAUUAAAUGCCAAACAGCAGAUUAGGAGAACACCUCCACUGUAUGUCAGCAACAGCAAUAAAAGCAGUGGUUACAUUUGUUUGUUUCAGGGUUUCCUUCCUGCAUUUCCACCCACACACCCACUCUCCAAAUGGAUUGUUUGAAACAGUGUAUAUCCCUGCAUAUACACUGUUUCAGUAACAGUAUCAGUAUCCGUUUAAAAAACUGAACCAUAGAAAACUGUCAAAAGGCAGGUGUGGUUAGUUACCACUAUAUUAUCAUCAUUAUCAUUUUUUAUUACGUUUCGUUAUUAUUAAUUAGUUGGUUGUUAUCAAGAUCUCCAGGAGACUUUCAGGAGGCUCUGUCUCUUAUUCCCACCAGGUGAACUUUUGAUAAUGGUGGCACAUGAAGUUAUAAUGAGCAGUAGAUCAACCUAAGAUAAAUUAAAAACAACAGCAGCACAUAUGAACUUCUUCGCCCACAUUCAUUUAUUUUGUUUGGCUGCUUACGGUGCUUUAUGCGUGAAUUGUCUUUAUUUUUAUUUUGUAUUUUGUUCUUGAUUGGCAUCUGUUUCAUUUCGAUAUUUUGUAGUGCGGUGUUUUAAAGAGGGGCUGGAAAUUGCUUAGGGUUUUCUUCUUCGGAAAUGCAAAGUAGUAUAGAAAUGAUUAAAACGAAAGAAUGGGUCAGACUUAGCGUCUUGCCUAAAGUAGGAGAGGUUAGACCAUGUCUUUCCAGAUAUUGCUAUACUACAUCUCCCAUCAGGCUCAGUUUACGAACCUAUUGUUGUUGGCACCUGUCUGUCUCAAGGGUGAAGUUAAACCGCUGCUUUAGCAGCUCUGAAGUGACCUCCCUGGGGCAUAAGCCUGGUCUGCCCAGACAAGACUCCACCCCCCUUGGCCUUGCUGUUGUGGUCCAGAGGAAAGCAGAGCAAGAUGGCUGGCACCAGCUUGGCAGCAGGAGUUGCUGGAAGGAGGCGUACAAGACGCCAUCCAACCCUCUUAGCGACUCCACUCUGGAUUUGUGUAGGGUCUACACCUUAGCCUUUUCUUCUCCUUACCUCUCUCGCCCCAGACUAGAUUAUUGUAACUCGCUCUACGUGGGGCUGCCCUUGAGACAGACCCAGAAACUCCAGCGGGUACAGAAUGCCGCGGCGAGACUCCUUACAGGGUCCUCGCUGCGGGAUCACAUUCACCCGGCGCUAUACCAGCUGCACUGGCUCCCGGUGGAGUACAGGAUCAGGUUUAAGGUGCUGGUUUUAACCUUCAAAGCCCUAUACGGCCUAGGACCCUCGUACCUACAGGACCGCCUCUCCUGGUAUGUCCCACGGAGGACCUUACAGUCUUCAAACAAAAAAAAACUUGGAGGUCCCGGACCACAGGGAGGUUAGGUGGCCUCAACCAGAGCCAGGGCUUUUUCGGCCGUGGCCCCAAUCUGGUAGAACGCUCUGUCCCAAGAGACUAGGGCCCUGCGGGACCUGACAUCUUUCCGCAGGGCCUGCAAGACAGAGCUGUUCCACCAGGACUUUGGCCAAGGCACAGUCUUAUCCUUUGGUAAUCCUCACAGAACUCUAACCCAAUGGUUGCCAUUAAUUUAAUUUUGAACUGAUUUUAGAAUGCUGUGUUACUUUUAUUGUUGUUAGCCGCUCUGAGCCCGGCUUCGGCUGGGGAGGGCGGGAUAUAAAUAAAAUAUUAUUAUUAUUAUUAAUAUGUCCCGCAAGGCGGCAGAGGUUUAUGAUCACAGUUUUCUUUUUCCUAGAUGGGCUCCCUUCCCAGGUGGAUGAGGCCCAUCUGCCCCUUGCUUCCAGCAUGUACAGAAUCCACCUUCUUGGCUGUUGGAUGCCCUCUUGGUCCUGUCCGCUCAGUCUGCCAGAGUCUGCUGGAUCAAGACAGUGAUCCAUCUGGUACGGCAUCCUCCUAUGAGCUCAGGAUAGAUUGCUCUCCAUCUCUCAACCCCUGCUUGUUGUCACGGUCCGGUUCACGGGCGAUCAAAGUCCUGGCUAGGAACGUUGGGACCGGGGGCAAUAUGGCGGGAUGGGAGCAGGAACGGGAGUCCAGAAGCCAGGAGUCGGGAAGCCAAGAGUCCGAGGGUCAUAGAGCUGGGAGUCAAGAAGCCAAGGGUCCAAGGGUUAGGAAGCAAGGAGUCAUGAAGGCAGGGGUCCGAGGAUCAAGAAGCAAGGCAGGGAACAUGUUGCUGUGGCAAAGAGCUGAAGGGAAAUGCUGACCUUAUAUCCCUUCCCAGCUCUUGCCACCAGGUACUGUAAGUUACAAAGCGGCCUCAUCUGUGCGGCCGUGCCUUGCCUCUUCAGAACAAACUUAGGAAGGCCCCAGUCCUACCAAGUCCUAUUGGUCACAGGGCCUGGCUUCUGUAUGCACACCUGACACUUGUUUCCAAAUACAAAACACUACUGCCACUCUGAUUUCCUGCAUUUUUACCUUGCGUUUCUUCCAGUGUGGCAUACCUGUUUCUCCCCCUCUCCAUUUCAUCCGCACAACAAUCCUGUGAGGUAGGUUAGGGCUGAGAGAUGGUGACUGGCCCAAGGUCACCCGAAUGAGAUUCAUGGUGGAGUGAGGAUUUGAACCCCUGGACUCCCAACACGCCGACCACUUUGCCACACUGCGAUCUUGCCUGGCCAAAGUUUUGGGGCAAUUGUGAUGAAGAUUAGCUGCCUUGUAGUUGGAAAGAUAUCUAUAUACUCACAUAAUCUGGUUUUGAUUUGUCGCCCAGUUAAAUAAAUAUUAGAGGCUGCAAUCCCAGUCAUGUCUCCUUGGAAGUAAAUCCCAUUGAAUUAAAAGAGUAAAGGUGUUUAGGAUUGCAGCCUUAGUCAAUGAAUCAUUUAAGUUACAGCUGAUUAGACCAAAUUGCCAAACUUUGAAGAGCAAUUUUAGUCAACGAAUCACUUCAGCUAUAGCGGAUUGGAUUUAAAUUGUGAAUCAAAGCAAAUCCUUUCUGAAGGGAAAAAAAUACUUUGUUUUCUAGAUGAUGUGAGUGCAUGUCUCGGGAGAUGCCAUUUUUAAAGAGGCCUUCUGUCAACAGAGAAAAGGAAAUGCUGCCCUGUGAAUUCUUGCAUUAAUCAGAAUUUUAUUUUCUUUUAUUGCCUGAUCUUUAUCUGGAGCGCUUUGGUCCAAAGGAGUUGCAAGAUGCAAUCCUAGCACGCCUAGGGACGAGCAAAGCCUUUUUAUCUUGGAACUGAGCAGAAGUGCUUCACAUUGUACACAAGCUAGGUGGCUAACUUGGCUCCUGAUCAGACGAAUGUAUCUUGCCCUGUGCGUUGUGCCAUUAAGUUCCUUGGGGGCCAGAGGCUUCUCUUGUACUCUUGCCAGGACGUAUCAAAUAAUUUAUUAUCGUCAUCUGUCUUCGCUGCUGGAUGAAAUCAAUAUUAAAUGGAUGGAUUCAACAGCUCCGAUGGAAGGCGAAGGAUCCAGACUGGGAAAAUGCUGCGUUCAGUAGGGAGUCCUGUGUGGCAGUAAUGACUAACUUCUCUUGGUAUUUACCGAAAUGCUAAGGGGAGUUUGUAGGGGGAGGGGAUUCUUGAGUUCCCUUUCUCCAGCAGUCCCCUCUGUCCUCAGCUGAAUGGUGACGAAAAUCCCCUCCAGUCCCUUCGUUCGUGCAGAGUUCUGCUAUUGUCUGAGCCACUUCUUCCCUCCCUUCCAGCAAUGACAGUUUUAUCUUCGUUCAGAGCUCGGCUUCGUGCGCGGCCAAAGGGUCCUGGCAGCAAAACAGUGGUACAAACAGCCUGUGAACUGACUGACAUUUCGUUGCAAAAGGGAUGUCAAAACAACCUUUUUCUUUUUUAAAAAAUAUGCCUCGUUGUUGUUGUUUGGAGUGGGGUGGUGGUGGGAAGAGAUAUUGGAGGCUUGUGGCGUUCAGAUGUGGGCAGCUGUUAUAGCUGGAAAGGCCAGAUGAUCAAAGGUGCAUUUUUUACUGAUGGCUCUCUCUCUGUGUGUGUUUAAGUUUAACUACUUUAAAGUCUUUAGAGCAGGGGUCAGCAAACUUAACCGCGCCUCGGGCCAGUGUCCCCAGCACCGAAUGCGUGGAGGGCUGGGGAGCACGUGCCCAUAUGUGUGCGCACAUGCUAUUUCCGGUGCACUUCUGGUUCAGAGGAGCACUGGAAAUGGCUUGUGCGCAUUUGCAUGGGCCUCCUCCGACCUGGAUGAGCACCGGAAACAACGCUUGCGCAUGCGCACAAUGCUUGCGCAUGCGUAUAAGCUAUUUCCGGUGAUCCUCCGACCCGGAAGUGGUCAACCACGCAGCGCAAUGCCGGUAAGAGCGGGCGGCGGCAGUGGGCAGUGGGGGUCACCGCGGGCCGGAUAAAUGAGUCCCUCGGGCCUUAUCCGGCCCACGGGCCUUAGUUUGGGGACCCCUGCUUUAGAGUAACAACAGUUAAUGUCAUUCCAGGCUCAGGUGCGUUUAGAAUUUGAGAUUUCUGGAUUUUCAUUCUGGAAAGCAUUUAUAAAGUUUUGCUCUUUGCAGAUUCUGGAGAAGCUCCUUUUGGUAUUUUUGUGUGUGUGGUCAGGCUCUUAUUUACACGACUUGAGUACGGCUGUAUAGCUCAUAAUGGUUCUUUGUUGUUUGCCCUGCUGUGCUGCUUUAAAUCUGAAACUGUAGCCCUGUUAGCUUCUACCCUGGGAGCGUGAGGCAAAUUGUUGUUGUUAGCUGUAAAAAAGGGUACAUCAGGGUGUAUGUGGGACUUUGUGGGAGUAACGUAAGUGAUAAAGGCAGCCUUCCCUCACCCAGGAACAUAAAAUAAAAAUUUCAGGGUGAAUGAAAUGAAAUGAAAGGGAGGGGUUAGCAGCAGUCUGGAGCAAAAUGCCUUUCUAACCUCAAUUAUGGGUUCUGGCCGGAUCCUGAAGGUUGACUUGCACACGGCAGCCCCCACAUGAUGCUGCUAUCUAGCUCACAGUUAGGCUGUGGCCACAUGGAGAUGACAUAAGAACCUCAGGGGCAGCUGGUGGGCACAUGAGGGGCAAGGCCUUUUUGGUGGUAGCACCUCAGUUGUGGCCCUCGGCUUCUCAUUCACAGAUAAUAUAUUCAUUUUGUUGUAUUGUCCAGUAGCACCUUAGAGACUAACUAAGCUUGUUCUGGGUAUAAGCUUUUGUGUGCCUGCACACUUCUUCAGAUGCUAAUUUUUUAAAAUAAAAAAAUAUUUAUUUUGACUGCGUCAGACCAACACGGCUACCUACCUGAAUCAUUUCGUUGUAUGUUAUUUACAAACACAUUAGGAUAUGCAGAGGACAACUGUAGACUUUAAAUUUGAUUUUGAUAGCUAGGGACAUAUUUGCAAAUUCAGUCUGGACUGGAGGCUAUUUGUUCUUUUGAGGAUAUUGUAUCUGGAUAUACUGCUCAUGAGUGAGUCCUGCAGUAGUGAUAUUGACAUCUUUUCAGCACCAGGUUACGACUUUCCUCUUCACCUGGGCAUUUGGUUGAAUUUGAUCCAAGGAUUUAUAAUAGCUUCUGCUAAUUCACACUCACAGAGAGAGACAUAUCCUCCCUGGUAUUUUGCUACUGUGAUGUCUGGUGGCUCCAAAAUAUACCCACCACCAUGAAGAAAAUCAAUAUGGUUGUGUGCCCUUGUGGACUCAGUCCCGCAGGAGGCAACGAUAACCGGUAACCUUAAAAAAAAAAAAAAAAAAAAGGUAAGUGACCCCUGACCAUUAAGUCCAGUCGUGAACGACUAUGGGGUUUCGGUGCUCAUCUUGCUUUACUGGCUGAAGGAGCCGACAUUUGCCCCCAGACAGUUUUUCUGGGUCAUGUGGCCAGCAGGAUGAAGCCGCUUCUGGCGAACCAGAGCAGCGCAUGGAAACACCGUUUACCUUCCCUCUGCAGCGGUACCUAUUUAUCUACUUGCACUGGUGUGCUUUUGAACUGCUAGGUUGGCAGGAGCUGGGACAGAGUGACGGGAGCUCACUCUGUUGUGGGGAUUCGAACCGCCAACCUUCCGAUCGGCAAGCCCAAGAGGCUCCGUGGUUUAUACAGCAGCACCACCCGCAUCCUAGAUGACUUUAAAAGGAUUAGGCAAAGGCUAUGGAGGGCUGCUCAGAUCCUGCUUUUGAGUUUCCCACAAACAUCUGGUCGGUCACCAUAAGAGGAGGCUGCUUGGCUAAAUGCGCCGUUGGCUUGAACCAACAGGUUCUUAGGAAAUGGCCCUCAUCAUUGUCCCAAGAGAAACUUAAAUGUGAAGAUGCUGCCUGACACUUGAUCUCUGUGGCAGUACCUGAUGUGCCAGAGGAAGUGGAAGGUUGGGUUGGGGAGAUCACCCGGUACAGAGUAUUCUAAUUACGGCUUCAGACUGCUUUUAUCUGACAACUGCAGCCAAAUUUCGAUGCUUCAGCACUGCUUUUUGGUGGCGUUUGCCUUUGGGCCUGUUCUCCAGACAAGCUGAGUCAUUUGCCUGACAGUCUGGCUGCUAGAGGCUUUGUUAGGGCUGGUACAGACCAUGGAGCCAAGGUGGGGUGUUUGCCAGGAUGUGAAGGCUCCGUCCCUUUUGGCAAGUCGUUCUGCAGGUAAUGUGGGAAUUGGAAGCCUUGACUGCUGUCCGGCCAGGAAGACUAAUGCUAUCGUAAAGCAGAGGAGGGUUUUAUUUUAUUUUUUUGAACUGCAAAGCGAUACCCUAUCUUUGAAAUAUAACUGCUAAUUGAAGUCUCCUCCUGUUGAGAGUGGUUUGGCUAAUCCGCUGCAAAUGGUUUAAGUUCUUGGGGGGGGGGGGGGACCCAAGUCGUUCAAGGCCAAUAUUUGAAAUGACUCCAAAGUGCUAUAAUUCUGUAUAGAUUGGAACAGGCUUUUCUCCCUCAACUUCUUUUAGUAGCUUUCACUUUUACAUCCUUUUGGGGCAUGAGGUUUGUGUUUGUGUGUGCGCGCGCGUGCUAAUCUGAUACCCAUCGAAGAUACAACCCUCAUUUUUUUUUUUGUUCUUCCCUUGCUGGCUCCUGAUAAACCAGCCGACCAAUUUCCGUAGGUGUAUUGAUGCAAUCAGUUUGUGGAAAGCAUGAGCGUGGGAAGGGAAGAUUGCCUUGAGUCUUUAAAGCAGCCUUCGCCAACUUGGGGCCUCCCAAAUAGUUUGGACUACAACUUCCAUCAGCACCAAGUUUAAAGGCAGCAGUUGUCUUUUAAAGGUGCCUGGCCUGGGAAAUGAUAGGCAGAACAUUUCUUUUUUGAAAUAAUUUGGGAGCAUAUUCACCCAGUGCUUUUACAGCUGCACUGGCUCCCGGUGGAGUACAGGGUCAGGUUUAAGCUGCUGGUUUUGACCUUUAAAGCCCUUCACGGCUUAGGACCCUAGAACCUACGGGACCACCUCUCCCAGUAUGCCCCAUGGAGAACCUUAAGGUCCAUAAAUAGCAACACCCUAGAGGUCCCGGGCCCUAAGGAAGUCAGAUUAGCCUCAACCAGGGCCAGGGCCUUCUCAGUGGUGGCUCCGGCCUGGUGGAAUGCUCUGUCUCAUGAGACCAGGGCCCUGCGGGAUCUGAUUUCUUUCCGCAGGGCCUAUAAGUCAGGGUUGUUCUGCCUGGCCUUUAGCUUGGAGUCAAUUUUAUCCCCUCCCCCUCUUCUUUUUUCCUUUCUCCUCCUGUGAUGAGGCUGCAUUUUUAAUUUUAAUGUUUUAAUGUUGUAUUUUAAUCUUGUUUUUAAGUUGUAUUCAUUCAACUUGUUUUUAUUAUUGGUUGUUAGCCGCCCUGAGCCCGGCCGUGGCUGGGGAGGGCGGGGUAUAAAUAAAAUUUAUUAUUAUUGUUGUUAUUAUUGAUUUUGCAAGUGUAGAGUUAUAACAAUGCAAAAUACAUAUCCAUAUUUAGAGAUUUCUCUGAAUCUCUAGAUUUCGCACCUUCCCCUCCAUGGGUCCUAUUAUAAACCUUUACAACUGCAUAUUAUUUCAUCAUCCAAAUUUUAUAUCUCUCCAUUUUGUCCAUAGUAUCUUCUUCAUUGUGGGACGCGGGUGGCGCUGUGGGUAAAACCUCAGUGCCUAGGGCUUGCCGAUUGUAUGGUCGGCGGUUCGAAUCCCCACAGCGGGGUGAGCUCCCGUCCUUCGGUCCCAGCUCCUGCCCACCUAGCAGUUUGAAAGCACCCCUAAGUGCAAGUAGAUAAAUAGGUACCGCUUUAUAGCGGGAAGGUAAACAGUGUUUCCGUGUGCUGCGCUGGUGCUGGCUUGCCAGAGCAGCUUCGUCACGCUGGCCACGUGACCCGUAAGUGUCUCCGGACAGCGCUGGCCCCCGGCCUCUUAAGUGAGAUGGGCGCACAACCCUAGAGUCGGACACAACUGGCCCGUACGAGCAGGGGUACCUUUACCUUUACCUUUAUCUUCUUCAUUACAAGUGUUAUUGCAAUCCUGCUAAUGUUGUCAUCUGCUUACAGUGGUCUCCCAAGUAAAUUAUAUUUUUUUCCUAUUCUUUAUCGAAGUUUUGGUCUUCUUGGUUCCUGAGCUUCCUGGUCAAUUUUGCCAUUUAGGCGUAAUCCAACAGCUUAGUUUGCCAUUCCUCUCUGGUAGGGACUUUGUCCUCUUUCCAUCUCUGGGCUAGUAGCAGCCGUGUGGCUGUCGUUGCAUACAUUAAAAAGUCUUUCCUGCUCCUUUGGGAUCUUGUUACCUACAAUUCCUAAUAAAAAAGCUUUGGGGUUGUUGCUUUUUUUUAUAAAAGUCAUUUUAAACAUUUUUUUUCAAUUCAUUAUGUAUCAUUUCCCAGAAUGCUUUUAUUACCUUGCAUAUCCACCACAUAUGGUAAAAGGUGAUAGGCAGAACAUUUCUAAUCAUUCUGUUUCUGGUCUUGAUUGGAAGAUGCUGACCAGUCGUGAAGCGAGAUUCUUGCCGUAUGUUCUGUAUUAAUUUGCCAAAUUAGUUGGUGGCCAUCUAAGGAGGAGGUUAGUGAAUGAAAUCAAACCUUUAGCCUUCAGUGCUGCAGGCACUUUGCUAGUGGGACUGAGUUUGGAUGGACUUUUGCAUAGGAUUGUGCUGUUCAUGGGGUUUCUGUUUUAGACAAACUCUUGUUUAUCUUUCUAAUAUGACGAAAGCAAAACCGUAAGAGGAACGAUCUGCUCCUACUUCCCUCUGCAUACUCAUUGCUUGCCAGUGGGCUUUUCUCUGAAUAGCAGAACUUCAUGGAGAGCAGCUGCUUUUUGUUAAGAAGUUUACAUUUCACUGGAGACGUUCUAUUGUUGGAAUGUUUUGCAGUGCCCCAUUUUUAUAAAAAAACAAACAAACAAAAACCCAAUAGCCUGGCAUUUUUUACCAAUAGCAUCUUCAAUUCUGGUUCUUGUUUUUUUAAAAAAAACAAAACAAAUAUUGAGACCGCAGAUCAGUGGUUCCCAAACUUUUUCUAGCCACUGCCCCCUUGGUUCCAUAAACUCACCCCAGUGCCCCCUACUCUACCAAAAGCAUUGUUCAGAAUAGCAGUUUGCAUGACCUGCUAAGGAAGGGGAUAACACCAUAAAAUUCGAAACAGUAACAAUCAGUUGCACAUUUAGUCAGAACCCAAUUAAAACUAUUCGUUUUAAUUAAUUCAACACAAACUGAUGAACCUGAUCCAGUGAUAGCAGUUUUUAAAAGCCUGGUAAACGUUAUCCCUUCCAGUGCCCCACUGCUGCCCUCUUGCCUUCUCAUGCCCUCCUAGUUCAUCCACACACCCUCUAGGGAGUGGUACCACCCACAUUUGGAAUUGUUGCCAUAGGUGGACGUGGGGUUAUCCUGCAGUGCAGGAUAAACCCAAGUUAACAAGAAUAGGAGAGCAUAGAACAACACCCUGGCAGCUGUGGUUUCUAAACAUGGAGUAUGAAAAGGCUCCUGCCUUGUUAACCUGCAGGUACAUUUCCUCUCUUGAGUGGUUCUGGGGGAACCACGCAGCCUGCCUGGCAAGUGUGCGACGUUCUUUUUAGACAGCUGGGGAAAUUCUUACUUGAAGAUAAAUUUUAGUUCAGUACUGAGUGCAGAAGUAAGGGGCUGAGUGCAGUAAGGGGCAUGGGUGGCGCUGUGGUCUAAAGCACUGAGACUUGGGCAUGGCGAUCAAAAGGUCAGCAGUUCGAAUCCCCGCGACAGGGUGAGCUCCCGUUGUUCGGUCCCUGCUCCUGUCGACCUAGCAGUUCGAAAGCACGCCAAAAGUGCAAGUAGAUAAAUAGGUACUGCUCCCACGGGAAGGUAAAUGGCGUUUCCGUGCGCCGCUCUGGUGUCAGUGUUCUGUUGCGCCAGAGGCGGCUUAGUCAUGCUGGCCCCAUGACCUGGAAAAACUGUCUGCAGAGCAGACAAACGCCAGCUGCCUUGGCCUGUAAAGCGAGAUGAGCGCCGCAACCCCAGAGUCGUUCACGACUGGACUUAAAUGUCAGGGGUCGCUUUACCUUUACUGAGUCCAGAAGUUCAGCCAGGAUGUCUCUCCAUUUCCAUCUUCAUCCAUGCUCUUUGACUCUGCUGUGUGAUAGGAAUUUUAUGGUCUUAGAUAUAUGGUAGUGUUCAUAAGUAUACCAACCAAGCACGUACAUAGAUCAGCACAGGAAGACCAACCUGGAACCAUUUUGAUUCAUAAACUGACCAAAUGUUUUCUCUGCAAGGUCAAAGUGGGAAACCUCCCCAUUGUCUCUUUCCUCACAAAUCCUGUCUUAAGGGCACAUUUAAGAUAUGAAUAGGGUGUGAGCCUGUGACCUGGCCCAGGAACUAAGUAUUCAUCACUACAAAAGAAUGGCCGGGCUCCCCAGGCAAUCCAAUCAAGUGACCUGCCAGACAGGAGAUAAAUAACAACAGGAGAAAAACAACAUUCAAAUUUCUGUUUUAGACCGCCUUUUCUGUGAUGUAGGUGUGAUGUAUCUGAGGGGUGGUCUUAGGUUACACCCCUUCUGUGAUGUAUGUAUGACGUUUCUGGGGGUGGUCUUGAUCUACAGGGUGGCAAUUUCAAAAGUCUUUAUAAGGCCUUGCACAGCAUUGUUCUGGGUUCCUCCUCCUUUCCUGCGGGUGAGGGGAGCACCGUGUUGCAACAGAUCAAUAAAGAUCAGGCUUACUAGCUGCUUUGCUUCUCAAUAUUCUCUGGUUGGCCUCUGUUAUUCUCUCCUACCAAUAGGGAACCUAUGUAAGGACUCUAUAUGGGCUCUUGGAUUUCCCCAUAAGGGAAAAGGGCAGGUUUUAUUUACAACAGCUGCCUGUGCUGGUCCAUCGUCGGAGCCUUCCCAGUUGUUAUUGCAGGGAACCAGUAUGGGCGUGUGCCUCUGGUUUCUGAAGCUUCAAGCAGCGCCUACAUCUUGAGCCACCCAGGAGGACAUUGGAAGAGCUUGGUUUCUGCAGCAGGCCAAUGACCCAUUUCGUCCAGUAUCCUCUUCUCACAGCAGCCAACCAGAUGCAUGUGGGAAGAUGCCUGUUUGCUCAGAGACGGUUUAACAAGCCCUGUGCUGCAAAUGUUUUCAGCCGGUUUUCCUGGCACGAGGAUUUUUCUGAAGUGCCUGGGCCAACUGGCUCACAGAGACUUGCUAAAGCCCUCCUCUCCCAGUUGGAAAACGCCCCAGGAAAAAAAACUGCAUCCCAGAGGGGGGUCGAGGGUGGAUCUGGAGAGGGAACGAUGCGCCAGGAACGAAAAAAGAGAGGCCAAAAGCAAAAGAGCAAAGUUGGAAGAUGGGAGUAAUUCCAGCCUCGGGAGUCAUCGCUUGCAAAAAAAGCUGCACCCCCAUAAAACAGUGAGAAUUUGGAGAAAGAGAGACUCCGGCAAGACUUGGUUUUCUAAGUCUGGGCAGCGGUCUGUCUCUAGCAGACCCCGCGCUGAAUUCCCAGCAACGGCAUUGGAUUAGCAGCAGGAACAAGAGAAACACAAACGCAGUUUUCAUUAUCCUAACACUUCAUGCUGUGAAACUUACAAUGAGGCCUUUUUAAUCUGCCUCCAGCAAGCCUCUCCCCCACCUCCUUCAACAUACCCGGUUGGACGCCCACAAGUUUUCUCGGCGGAGAGAGAGAGCACUGGUUUUAAAAGUGUUGAGCUUUUGGUCGAGGCUUCUGGGGUUCCUAUAAUCCCAAAGAAUAAUGGUUGAUCCUCACGUGUUUUCUCUCUUACUAUUGUGCACGUCUGUGUAGAGUUGAGAGUACAUCUUUUGCCAUGUCUGGAAGCUGUGCAGCUCCUGCCCGUUGUCCAACAAGGCAUAAAUGUGGCAAAAUAAAUGCUUUUUAGAGGGACGAACCACAGGGAGGAGGACUUUGGCAGGGAGGGGCGGCAGGACCUCACGGCUCCUCAUGCCACUAUCUUUUUCAAAACCCUAGAAGGGGAGGGGAUAUUUGAGCCAGCUAUUGCUAAUGAGGGACGCGGGUGGCGCUGUGGGUUAAACCACAGAGCCUAGGACUUGCUGAUCAGGUCGGCGGUUCGAAUCCCCGUGACGGGGUGAGCUCCCGUUGCUCGGUCCCUGCUCCUGCCAACCUAGCAAUCUUGCAGUUCGAAAGCACGUCAAAGUGCAAGUAGAUCAAUAGGUACCGCUCUGGCGGCAAGGUAAACGGCGUUUCCGUGCUCUGCUCUGGUUCACCAGAAGCGGCUUAGUCAUGCUGGCCACAUGAUCUGGAAGCUGUACGCCGGCUCCCUCGGCCAGUAAAGCAAGAUGAGCGCCGCAACCCCAGAGUCGUCCGCGACUGGACCUAAUGGUCAAGGGUCCCUUUACCUUUACCCUACCCUAUAAAAUGUAUUCAUUCAGAGUAGUGGUUUUCCCAACCCAUUAUGGAAGAUUAUAACACAAUAAAAUUCAGAACAGUAGUGAUUUAUUGCACCUUUGUUAAAACUCCAGUCAAAACUAUUUAGUUAAUUUCAUUUACCAACACAGAUGAGCUUGAUGGAGACAUACCAAUGUCUUGAAGUCUAGUAAUAAUUUAUAUCUCCAGCAGCCCCCUGCUGCCUCCUUCCUCCCCAGCCCAAGUAAAUCCCUCUGCCCCUACCCCCCAAUGGGCAGUACCAUCCACUUUGGGAACCAUUGUACCAAACGCAGUGUAGGGAGCAGAAUUCUUUGCAGCCGGGGAGUCAACACAAGAGCAAACUGACUGCUGGAUCAGGGCCAAGGGGGGCCCGUCUAGUCCAGCAUCCUGUUCUCUCAGUGGCCAGCCAACCAGAUGCCAACCAGAUCCCUGUGACUGGCAUCUACAGGCAUUGGGCUCCAAUACUGGAGGUGGAGGAAUAUGGCUGCAUUCCACCUGAGAUUGCCUCUAUGCAAAAGGGAGAAGUGGAAAUAACCAUUGUAGAAACUGAAAUAUGAAAGCUAGGAGCUAAAUGUAACCUUAAACCUAGGUUAUGGGUUCAACAACGGAAUGCCUAGGUGCAAAGAAUACAAAGCUGAAAAUGAAUGAACUGCAGCUAAAAUACUGUGUUCCUUUUUUCACAUGGUCUAGUCCUUCCCCUGCCCACCCCCCAUAUAUUCUUCUGAGGGUCUCUUCUCCAGUCUCCAGAGAGUAGCUGGACGUAGGGAGGCAGAAAACGGUCCUCCUUUCCUUCCACUCCGCAGUUAUAAUCUGAAACCUUAGGCGCCGUAUUGCGCCCAGAGCUCAGUUAACUGCUCGCCCUAAUGAAAUUCCCUGUUGCAAAAUGCGCCUACAACGAUGGGAGUUUCCAACACUGGAACUAUCCCAACCCUCACCUUUCGCCUCUAACCCAUGGCAGCGACCUGAAGUCGAAGGAGGUGUGGCGGUGCAUUGCAAAAGAGUUUUUUCUGCCUUCAUCAUUUUAUGGAACCCGUGGGACAAGGUGGCUCCGAGCAGAGUUGGCGUUGCUUCCCAAGAGCUCUUGAGGGAUGUUGGGUUGGUAUCUCUGGGAUAAUUUGGCUCACCCGAUUGCAUGAAGCGUGGUCACAUCACCCACCAGUUGAGAGAUUGGGGAGGGCACAUAUUUAUUCAAACCCCCCUCCCCAUAUUUAACUCAUGGACUCCAAGUUAUUUCCAGUAUUUUCUCAACUGUUGUUGUUCUUUCAGAAAAGUGCUCUAUGACUAAUUCUGGGUAAGAGGAUACUUUUUUAUCUCCCUUUCUCUUCUUGGGCUGCUUUGGUCCCAGUGCCUGCUGAUAAGGUAAAGGGACCCCUGACCAUUAAGUCCAGUCAUGGCUGACUCUGGGGUUGCGGCGCUCAUCUCGCUUUAUUGGCCAAGGGAGCCGGCAUACAGCUUCCGGGUCAUGUGGCCAGCAUGACUAAGCCGCUUCUGGCGAACCAGAGCAGCACACGGAAACACCGUUUACCUUCCCGCUGGAGCGGUACCUAUUUAUCUACUUGCACUUUGACAUGCUUUCGAACUGCUAGGUUGGCAGGAGCAGGGACCGAGCAACGGGAGCUCACCCUGUUGCGGGGAUUCGAACUGCCAACCUUCUGAUCGGCAAGUCCUAGGCUCUGUGGUUUAACCCACAGCGCCACUUGCAAGUAAAUUCUGGCUCCUUUCCUACAAUUCUCCCCCUGCCCCUCAGAGUUCCCGUUUACCUUCCCUUCUGCAUUUGGGUUUUCCUACUUUUCACUGGCUAGGUCUUUUAAAAAAAAUCAUAAUAAUGAAGAGUUCGUACAUUGUUUAAUUCAUCUCGUAUCUGCUUCCUCAGUGCCAUUUCCUAGCAGUAAUUGGCUACAGCUGCCGAUCCCAGUGAAUAUCCACAAAGAAGUAAAUUUAGAUUCUUUUCAUUGCCAUCUUCGUUCCUCGUGGUUUGGGCGUCUUGUGCUUCAGGCUGCCCCUCUCUGCCUUAACAUGUCAACAGGAAGCUGCCCUGAUGGUCUUAAUGUGCGUGUGUCUGAGUGAUUUGCUUUCUCGGUCUCUCUCGGGUUUUUUUAAGGGCAAGAUUCACAUUUCUUUCUCUUCCCUUAGGUUUGGCCUUGUAUUUUGUGGGUUUUGCAGAGGGGCAUGAGCAAGGCUCAGCGGCAAAGCAUCUGCCCCGGGUUCAAUUCUCGGCAUCUCAGGAUAGAGCCGGGAAUGUCCCCUGCCUGAAACCCUGGAGAGCAGCUGCCAGUCAGUGCAAACAAUACUGAGCUAGGUGGAUCGGAUGGUCUGACUUUGCAUAAGGCAGUUUUGUAUGCCCUAAGGAGUUUCCCUCCUGCAAAACGGAGAAAUUGCACCUUGCCCAAGGCCAGCUUAGUGAGCGUGUAGGCUCUGCUAGUCUUCUCACCUGUGUUGUUACGGUUUGGAAGUCUACAAAGCACUGUAUGUACAGUGGUACCUCGGAUUAAGUACUUAAUUCGUUCCGGAGGUCUGUUCUUAACCUGAAACUGUUCUUAACCUGAAGCACCACUUUAGCUAAUGGGGCCUCCCGCUGCCGCCGGAGCGCAAUUUCUGUUCUCAUCCUGAAGCAAAGUUCUUAACCCGAGGUACUAUUUCUGGGUCAGGGGAGUCUGUAACCUGAAGCGUGUGUAACCCGAGGUACCACUGUACUGAAAGUGAAACUGAGGGCUUACGUUCCAGGAAGAAAGGCUCACAAGGAAUAAAGGACUGGGUGUAGCCUCAGCCCAGGUAUUGCUGGGCUGAACAACAUGGGCUGUAUUUGCAGAGCAGCCAGGAACUUAUUAAUACAGUCGUACCUUGGAACCCAUUCCGGAAGUCCGUUUGACUUCCAAAACAUUUGGGAAUCAAAGCGUGGCUUCUGAUUGGCUGCAGGAAGCUCCUGCAGACAAUUGGAGGCUGCAGAACCCUUGCCGGACAUUUGGGUUCUAAAAGGACGUUCAAAACCUGGAACACUCACUUCCGGGUUUCGAUCAUUUGGCAGCCGAUUUGUUCGGGAGCCAAGGCAUUUGAGAUCCAAGGUACGACUAUACUUUUUUCUUUUUAAAUGAAAGUUGAAAUUCUCCAGAUCCAGCUUCUGUGCCGAAAACCCAAACAGCUGCGCAGCCGUGCAUUUGCACCCCUGACCUUGCAGCUGCGGGCGGUGCUUCCUGACAACCCAUGCCAAAGCUUUCCUUUUGUUCCCUCGCGCCCCCCCCCCCCUUUUGAAGACCUUACAGCCUUCCUUCUCGUCUCCAGCAAAGCCUUUUCCCGGCUCUGUUUUCCUCAUUGAUUGCACUUGCAGCUUGGGCUGAAGCCUCCCUCUGAUCCUUGCGCUAUUAAAAGCGGGUUGAGGGGGGGCCUCUUUCAUUUGCCCGCGGAACAGCUGCUGUCAGUAAGCGCACUUGUUGUGUCGCGGGAGCACCAGAGCACCCAGGCGCGCAGCCUCUCAGAGCAUCGCAGGGUCUGUGGUUACCUUUCUGAAGAGUCUGCUGCUUGGAGGUGGGGGACGUUCAGCAUGCCGAUGAGAGGAUCCUGGGGGGUGGGGGGGCGGGCUGUGGGUGCCGGUGGCGAUGCAAGGGCAUCCCGCCCCAUGGCAGCUGCCGCGAUCCUGGACCAGCCUCCUCUUUCCUUUGAGCUCUAGUGUGUAACAGACCUUCCGUUUAUGAGAUUUGCUGAUAGGGAUUUGGAAAUGUAUUCCACUACAUUUUGCAGGAUUAUGAGCGUUAUCGUGGGCUGCUGCCAAAAAAGAAAGGAGCUGUUUCUCUCUCUCUCUCUUUCUCUCUCUUUCUCUCUCCCUGCCCCUCCCCUUGGGAAGGCAGCGAUUUUUGCCCCGGGGCCUUUAAUUCGAACAUUACCCAUGCAAAGCACAUGCCUGCCUUUUUGUGUUCGAGAAGCUCAAAUCUCAAAUCUUAUUAAAGAGCUGGAUGUGAGAGCAAACUCUGGCAUUUGUGUUGGGCCCUAGCCCAAGAGAGGCAAAGGCGCACCAUAAUAUACCAGGCAAAUGUCCUCGGAACUGGCAGAUGUGAUACAUCUGGGCAGGAUGAAUCAUGCUCCUACGGCCGUGGUUUUCGAGACUUUCUCAACUUCAGGGAGCCUUCCUCAUGUUGACUUGCGUGUUGCUGAAUCUCUGGCAUGUUGUGGGUGAUCCUGGGGAGUGUUUCGAGGCCAUACGCUCACUUCGUGCGGCACCGGCAAGGAGGCCUGUUGAGCCUCAUUGUUGCUCUCUGUGAACUGGGCAGACAGAACCCGGAGGCCCACCCACCAGAGCUGGGUGCAGUGGGGGGUUGGGAGCAGAGCUUGGAUGCAAAAUGAAAACUCGGGGGCAGUGCUAGAAAUUAGCCAGGCGCAUUUUGUGACUGGCACAGGUCCAGUUGUGACCACAUGGAGAUCUCAGGGUGCCAGGUUGGCGACUGGGGAAAGCAAAUUCUUUAGUAAUAAUAAUAAUAAUAAUAAUAAUAAUUUAUUAUUCAUACCCCGCCCAUCUGGCUGGGUUUCCCCAGCCACUCUGGGUGGCUUCCAACACAAUAUUAAAAUACAAUAGUCCGUCAAACUUUAAAAGCUUCCCUAAACAGGGCUGCCUUCAGAUGUCUUCUAAAAGUCUGGUAGUUGUUUUUCUCUUUGACAUCUGGUGGGAGGGCGUUUCACAGGGCGGGUGCUACCACCGAGAAGGCCCUCUGCCUGGUUCCCUGUAACUUGGCUUCUCGCAGCAAGGGAACCACCAGAAGACCCUCGGCGCUGGACCUCAGAUUCUGGGUAGAACAUGUCCCUUGGAGAAGGACCUUGAAAUAUUUUCCUUGAAGCUUGAAUUUGUUUUAUUCUGGGUUGUUUGGUUUGAUGUUUCACUGUGUUGUAAGCUACUUUGAGAUCCCCCCCCUUUAAAAAAUAAAAUGGUAUAGACAUGAAAUGAUUAUUAUUAAUAAUAAUACUCAUUUGAAAAUUGGCACCUAGACAUUCCAUUGUGGCCUAGGUUUAAGGUGCCAUUUGGUGAUUAGUUUAUGAGUUUCCAACACUUCUCAGGGGGAAGGUCCAUUACUUCCUGCACCCCAGGAAGACCUUUAUAUACAAGUACAAAUCAGUAUCUUAAGUCUUUUUUUCCCUUUUAAUAAUAAUAAUUUAUUAUUUAUACCCCGCCCAUCUGGCUGGGUUUCCCCAGCCGCUCUGGGCGGCUUCCAACACAAUAUUAAAAUACAAUAGUCAGUUAAACAUUAAAAGCUUCCCUAAACAGGGCUGCCUUCAGAUGUCUUCUAAAAGUCUGGUACAGUGGUGCCUCGCAAGACAAAAUUAAUCCGUUCCGCGAGUCUCUUCGUCUUGCGGUUUUUUUGUCUUGCGAAGCACGGCUAUUAGCGGCUUAGCGGCUAUUAGCGGUUAUUAACGGCUUAGCGGCUAUUAACGGCUUAGCGGCUUUAAGAAAAAGGAAACAAACUCGCAAGAACUCACAAGACUUUUCGUCUUGCAAAGCAAGCCCAUAGGGAAAUUCGUCUUGCGGAACGACUCAAAAAACGCAAAACCCUUUCGUCUAGCAAGUUUUUCGUCUUGCGAGGCAUUCGUCUUGCGGGGCACCACUGUAGUUGUUUUUCUCUUUGACAUCUGGUGGGAGGGCAUUCCACAGGUCAGGCGCCACUACCAAGAAGGCUCUCUGCCUGGUUCCCUGUAACUUGGCUUCUCGCAGCGAGGGAACCACCAGAAGGCCCUCGGUGCUGGACCUCAGUGUCCGGGUAAAACGAUGGGGGUGGAGACGCUCCUUCAGGUAUACUGGACCGAGGCCGUUUAGGAAAGAGGCCUUUUUUUAACCAUCUUAAUCCCAGUUGCUGGAAACAUCAGGAGGGGAGAGGUUUCUUGUGCUCAGGUCUGUCUUGUGGGCUUCCCACACGCAUCUCCUCAACUGCUGGGAGAGCAGAAUGCUGGACUCUGUGGGCCACUGUUCUUAUGUUCAGCUGGGAGACACCUUUGCUGAUCUGCACCCAAAGUUCUAUAAACCCAAAUAGAUUAAUUCCCAGCAGGGUAGACCCUGAUUUAUUUUUCUGCACCCUGGGCGGGGGGGCAAGAGUGUACUCAGUGCCCCCCCUCCGCAGCGUCUCUAUUUCGGGGGAAGAUGGGGAGUGGCAGGCCAUCUUGUCUUUCAGAGAUGGAUGCCCGCCAUUAGUUAUUUGAGAUGCAGAAUGUGAAAAGGGGCACAUUUAAAUUCUGAAUAUUGUGUUCUGCUUUGAAUCCUCCAAAAAGGCUGCCUGUCUCUCUCACUAUGAGAUGAUUGGAAACUGGUUGGCAGAGUGUCUAGAUCUGGGGGUUGUGAUCUGAGCCACUUGCCAAGUAAGGGAGGGAUAGGAAUUGGUGGGAAGCUGUUUUCCUUGCGUUCCUAAGGCUUCAAUUUGGCAUUUAGGCUUGCCUUCUGAUUUGACUGUGGUCUUUCGUCAGCUCCUGAGCUGGAUCACUUUCCCCCUGCUGUCUUCUCUCCUCUGCCCCAUAUAUCCAGGGGGCACCUUUCUCCUGCGGCUUGCAACCAGAGUAAGCCAGGACUUCCUUUCCUUCUGAUUUCCUGGAGCCUUGACACUAAGCUCUCUCCCAUGUGAUCAGACCACAUCGAUGGCUUUUCCCUUGAAACUGUUGAGUAAGCAUGGAUCCCGCCGACAUGCCCCAGCUUCCAGAUUUAGGCUGACACACCCAGGUGGGUUGCAGCCUGUUGGCCUAGCUCCAAGCAGAAUUCAUUCCUGACUGCAGCAGUAGCCAAAAACCAAAAAUGCUCUCACGAGGAGCUGCUUUGUUGCUUGGCAAGGUGCGGUGGGCUGAAGGUGGAGUGAACAUGCACAAAAUCAGUAGUUUUAUUCUGCACGGAACACCCUGCUGCAAGCUAUAAUUUGGAUGCCAGUGUGGUUGUGUGUCCUGCAAGCGGGUAGGUCCCAGGACACUGUCUGAUGCACAUGUUGAAGUUAAUCAUGUCUGGGUCUGGGUCAAUGCCCUGACAGGAGAAUUCCUAGGAAGGACUGCAGCUCAGGGUUAGAGAAUAUUCAUUGCAUGCAGAAUGUUCCCAUAGCCAAUCCUUGGCAUCUUUGUUGUUGUUUGGUCCCGCAGUUUGGUUAGACUUAUGCUGGUAGCUUCGAGAACGCUAUCCAACCAUCUCAUCCUCUGUCGUCCCCUUCUUCUUGUGCCCUCCAUCUUUCCCAACAUCAGGGUCUUUUCCAGGGAGUCUUCUCUUCUCAUGAGGUGGCCAAAGCAUUGGAGCCUCAGCUCCAGGAUCUGUCCUUCCAGUGAGCACUCAGGGCUGAUUUCCUUCAGAAGGGAGAGGUUUGAUCUUCUUGCAGUCCAUGGGACUCUCAAGAGUCUCCUCCAGCACUAUAAUUCAAAAGCAUAAAUUCUUCGGAGAUCAGCCUUCUUUAUGGUCCAGCUCUCACUUCCAUACAUCACUAAUGGGAAAACGAUAGCUUUAACUAUAUGGACCUCUGUCGGCAAGGCGAUGUCUCUGCUUUUUAAGAUGCUGUCUGUAACCAAGGUUACAGUCACCAAAACGGAAUGUCUAGUUGCCAUUUUGGGGCAAGGCAUCUCUUAUUUUUCCAAAUGAUGGACUAGUUGUGAUUGAUUAUCAGUUAGACAUCCGGCUAGUACAGACGACCACUUUGACCUGGGUUAAAAACCUCGAGAAUUUAAAGAAGAAAAAUCCCUUGAUCCAGGGACAGUCCACAUUUAUAUUGGCCAUUCCGACCUCUUUCUCUUAAUGGUGAUGUGGUCUGUUCAUAACAUCGUUCACAGCUCAUGCUCCUGCUGCACUGAAAAAAGCAUUUUCGUCCCUGAAUUUCAUAGGAUGAUAGAAUUCUGUAGCACGUGUUGUUAGUGUGAGAAACCAGACCAGAUCCAAGGAUCCCCAGGCGCGACGCACCUUCAGAUGGUGGAGACUUCGGGUGCCAUCCUGGCGCCCAGGCAUCUUCACUUGGUCGCAAGUGGCCAAUGCCCAGGUGCAAAUGGCGCCUGGCUAAUUUCGAACACUGUUACCCAGCUGACAAAAUCGGGGAGACAAUGCUUUCUGCAAUGCAUCACCUUAAAAAAUAAUGGCUAAUUUUGAACACAUCUUCUACCUGGCCUCGAUUUGGGCAGGUGCUCUUCAUAGGUGUUGGUACCCUGUUGGCAGGAGCAGGCUGGACAGAGAAAUAAUUCAGCUGCAUCAAAAUCACCCUCCAGCAUGGCGGACAGGGGUUUCGGACUGAUACGUGGCUUUGAAUGGUUCCUUCUGAGUUGCUAGUAAGGAAUCAAGUUGAGAAACAUCCACGGAAGGAUUGGUGUUAACUUACGACGGUCUGAAUGCGGCUCCGACAAACGUCUCCCUUGAGCCCUUGGAGGUUUUUUGUGUGUGCAGAGACUUGGUAUCUGGCUUGGGGGUGAAGUUUGCGUAUUCGGGAAAAGGGUCUUCAUUGUUCAGCCCCUUAUUUGGUUAUAAAUGCGCUUGUAUUUCCAGAGUCAAAAGCGUUCCGAACAUGAGAUCGAGGUUUUUAACACAACCCAGCGUGAGCUACAUUGGGAGGCAUCCAUGGGGAAAAUUUCUUCAGCGGUGCAGGAAUUGUACAGUUAACACUCUCUCUUUCUCCCCCUGCUUCCUUUUCAAAUGGCAAAUAGACCUGGUGACUGUUUAGCCUAGCUAAGAAUCAGGCCUAACUAAGAAUUUCUCAAGUGACCCUGGACAGGCCUUUCUGCCCAACUUUGAAGGAGCCUUCAGCUACAAAAGGUUCAGCUGUGUAGGGCUUGCAAUUUGCAAAGUCAGCUGCUUAGGAGGAGGGUAUGAAGAGUUUAAAAAAACAACAACGGUAAAGGACCCCUGGACAGUUAAGUCCAGGCCAAGUUGACUAUGAGGUUGUAGCACUCAUCUUGCUUUCAGGCCAAGGGAGCCGGUGUUUGUCCACUGACAGUUUUCCAGGUCAUGUGGCCAGCAGGACUAAACAGCUUCUGGUGCAACGGGACACCGUGACAGAAACCCGAGCGCACGAAAUCGCCGUUAACCUUCCUGCCACAGCGGUACCUAUUUAUCUACUUGCACUGGCGUGCUUUCGAACUGCUGGGUUGGCAGGAGCUGGGACAGAGCAACGGGAGUUCACCCUGUUGCGGGGAUUCGAACCGCUGACCUUCCAGUUGGCAAGCCCAAGAGGUUCAGUGGUUUGGACCACAGCGAAGAGGGACCCUUGUGUGCAACUUAUUUUCAAGGGUCAGUUACACAUGUCUCCUGCUUCACUGUAUCCCCCCCCCUCCUGUCCACCCCCCACCCUCUGUUUUCUCAACUGGAAAGUGUGAUACGGGACGUCAUCUCAGCUUCCUCCUUGGGACCAUAGUAAAAAUCCCGAUGAAAUUGCUGGGACAGCCGCGCAUCACUGCUGCAGCUUUAACAUUGCUCACGAAGCCAAGCGCCUUUUCCCAGUGUGGCGAGCUCUUGGCUGAGCUUUUAGGGAAAUUAGGGGGAUUCUAUCUCCACCCCCCUCACCAAGCACAAAACGCAGUAGAAGGACAAGGGCUCAUCUCUACAGUUGCCUUAUGUUAGAAGAACUCAAAAGACCACUAAGGCACAGCAUGAUGUGGCCAAGCCUCUGCCUUCCUGAGCUCAGGGCAGAGGAUCAAACCUAGCAAAGCUUGCAGCCUACUUCAGAGUCAAAGUUUAGCAUGGCAUCAGAAACAAUACUGUGUCUCUCCCCUGCUGUGCCUCUCUCACAAAUUCUGGCUCUGGUGUCAAGGCUAGCUGAAAUCCAUAGGUGCUGGUGCAGCCUCAGCUGCAAAACUGCCCAAUAGCAGGCCAUCUGUGCAACCAGGAGAGGUUUGUUUUGUUCCUCCCUCGAGCUGCAAAGCCUGAAAAUGGUUGUUAAUUUUCUCAGAAUUUGGUUGUCUCUGUACAUGUGCAGAAAUCUCUGGGGGGAGUUGGGAAGCCCAGGAGAGGGACAGUCUGGUGCAAGGUAGGAGGGCCUAGAAAACAGUUUGUGGGUUGAAGGGCUGAGCGAUAUCUGGUUUUCAUCAUUGUGAUAUAUCACCAGCUAAACAUCGCAAUAUGCCAGUAUAUCGCAAUGUCUGAAAUGAGGAUGGCGUUGGCUGGCUUCACGGUUUCCCCCGCAUCGUGAUUUUUGCCGGCUGCUGCUCUGGUGAGUCGCUGCCCCACUGCAUGAGGCAGUGGAGAGCUGAGCUGUCAGAGUUAGCAGGGGCUGCAGGAAUCGAGAGAAGCAUUGGCUGGCUUCACAGUUUUUCCCACAUUGUGAUUUUUGCAUAUCUCACACACACACACACACACACACACACACACACACACACACCAUGAUUCCUGAUAUAUUGCCAGGUCAAAAAUUUUAAAACUGAUACCAUGAUAGGGAUUUCAAACCAGUUUUGGAUGAUACAAGGGAAAAAAAGGACCCCUGGACUGUUAAGUCCAGUCAAAGGCGACUAUGGGAUUGCAGCGCUGAUCUUGCUUUCAGGCCGAGGGAGCCGGUGUUUGUCCACAGACAGCUUUCCAGUUCAUGUGGCCAGCAUGACUAAACCACUUUUGAUACAAUGGGACACUGUGACAGAAGCCAGAGCGCACAGAAAUGCUGUUUCCCUUCCUGCCACAAUGGUACCUAUUUAUCUACUUGCACUGGUGUGCUUCUGAACUGCUAGGUUGGCAGGAGCUGGGACAGAGCAACAGGAGCUCACUCCAUCAUGGGGAUUCGAACCGCCAAUCUUCUGAUCGGCCAGCCCAAGAGGCUCAGUGCUUUAGACCACAGUGCCAGCCGCAUCCCCCUUUUGGACAAUAUAUCGCCCAGCCCUAGUAGGUUGUGUAGAACUAGGUUCCAGUUUGCAAGGAACUUUCAAGGAGAUCAAGCUUGGUAGCGCAAAGCAGAUGCACUUUUUCAAUGCACUGACUUGACUCCUGGAUAAUUGGGCCACAGCACAGUUCGGACUCUGUUGCCGUUAGCAUAAUGAUUAAUCCAGCCCAGUCAGGCUCUCUUGACCUAUGCAGGAUUAUGUCUUCAAGUACUUCCUUUGCUGCUUUGUCUGCAAUUAUUUUCUCUCUCUCUACUGCUCUUCUUCUUCCAAAACAUUGCAGCUCUUGCCUCUUUACAAUUUGCAUUUAGAUUGGCUGCCUGGAGGGAACGAAGUUGGACAGUGAAAGAAGAGGCCAAGCGAGUUCACGGCUCCUUGUGAGAUCCUUUGCAAUUGGCCCUGCCGUUUUGCGUAAAAACCUAGUCGCUCUCCUUAUUGACAAACAUGAAAAGAGUCCAUUUCACUUUAAUUUCAUCCCUGAGAAAGUAUUCCUUUUCUUGCAACUGGCUUUUGCUGAAGCAGUAAAGUGAACUUUUGUAUCGUGCUCUUGUAUUGUUGAGGCAUGAUUCCAGCUGAGGGCGACCAGCCAGUUUUCUGCUUCCCCUGCAGAGCCCAGAGACGAGCACUUAGCCCUGCAGCGCUGUGGGCUGGGAAAUAUUUAAUACCAUGCUUUACGAGCAACACUGCUUUGACAUGUAAAGAUUUACAGUCUUCAGGUAAAGCAAGCACCAGUCUUUAUCACUGCCUCUGAUGGUAUUUGGCUAAAAAGCUGCCUUUUUGUGCAGGGCUGGAUUUAAAGACAUCUUGGCCCUAUGCUGCGCAUAUUCCAUGCGCAAUAAACAUGGUAGCCAGAAUAAUUUGGUGUAGUUCUUCUUUGGCUUGCUUGUUGUUGUUUAGUUGUUUAGUCAUGUCCGACUGUUCGUGUCCCCCUGGACCAGAGCACGCCAGGCACCUCUGUCCUCCACUGCCUCCUGCAGUUUGGUCAAACUCAUGCUGGUAGCUUCGAGAACACUGUCCCACCAUCUCGGCCUCUGUUGUCCCCUUCUCCUUUUGCCCUCAAUCUUUCCCAACAUCAGGGUCUUUUCCAGGGAGUAUUCUCUUGUCAUGAGGUGGCCAAAGUAUUGGAGCCUCAGCUUCAUGAUCUGGCCUUCCAAUGAGCACUCAGGGCUGAUUUCCUUCAGAAUGGAUAGGUUUGAUCUUCUUGCAGUCCAUGGGACUCUCAAGAGUCUCCUCCAGCACCAGAAUUCAAAAGCGUCAAUUCUUCGGCCAUCAGCCUUCUUUAUGGUCCAGCUCUCACUUCCAUACAUCACUACUGGGAAAACCAUAGCUUUAACUAUACGGACCUUUGUUGGCAAGGUGAUGUCUCUGCUUGAUUAGCUUUGCCCAAUUUACUCUUCUGGGCGCCUGUGAUUAUUCCUUGAUGGCUAUUCUCUGCCUCCACACUUGGAGGCAUUAAUAUUUCCAAGUUCUGGUUGCUGGAAACCACAGGAGGGGAGAGAGUUGCUCUUGUGUUCAAAUCCUGUUUGUGGGUCCCUUCCCGCAGGGAUCUAGUUGGCCACUGAUAGUGUUAGAAACUCAGAUACAUAAGCCGAGGGCCAAGUGGCUUUUUAAAUCAGGGUUACAGCCAUCAAAACGAAAUGCCUAGUUGCCAUUUUGGGGGCGUUGUUUUUUUCAAUAUGACUUUACGGUUCCUGAAAUUCAUUCUGAUUGGGCAGAUAAAACAGCAUGGAUAGAAUUUUACAGGAUGUGUUGCUGGUGUGUGAAAACACUUCCGAUGCAAGGGUUCCUCAAGAAUGCACCUCCCAGGUGUUGGAGAUGUCAGGCACCAUCCCUGGUUGCAAGUGGCUGAUAGCCAGGUGCAAAAUGCACCUGGUGAAUUUUGAAUGCUGGCCACAGUGAGAACAGGAUGCUGGACCAGAUCAGAGGUUGGCAACCUAAGGCUCAUGGGCCGGAAGCUGAACCGAGCCGCCCGCUCGGCGAGUCCCUGCGUGGUGUCCUAAACCGGCACAGCGCGGCACAGGGACUCUCUUCUGUGGCUCCAGAAAUCGCUUCUGCACAUGCCCAGAUGCUGAAAAUCGCUUCUGUGCAGGCACAAUUUUCGGCGUCUGGACAUGCGCAGAAGCGAUUUCUGGCACCGCGGACAUGCAUGGAUGCGAUUUCCGGUAUCACGCUGCGCCGGCCCGGCCCACGGAGGAUCUCUGCAGGAGUGAACCCCUGAACUAUAUGAUCCAUUGGCCUGGUCCAGCAGCCUCUUACCAUAUUCUUAUGAUUCAUUGUUGAACACAGUGGCUACGAAUUCAGAAGCCGCUGGUUUCAGUCUUGUCCUUUUCAUGAACCUUCCUGGUUUGUGUUGGGCAAACCACUCUCUUCCGCAUCCUUGGUUCCCUCCAUGUCCCCAUUUGCACUUUAUUGAUUGAUUACAUUUUUAUACUACCUUUCUUCCAAGUAGCUCAAGGCAGUGCACAUGGUUCUCGUCCCCCCCAUUUAAUCCUCACAACAACCCUGUGAGGUGGGUUAGUCUGAGGGGCGACAACUGGUCCAGGGUCACCCAACUAGCUUCAUGGCUGAGUGGGGAUUUGAACCCUGGUCUCCCAGAGUCCACCAACCCAGUUGUGUGUCAGGAGACGAUACCAAACGUGGCAGGAAGGUUCAGGGACAAUAUUACGUUUUGGAAAUGCUUUGUGUUCUUACGUAGCUGCAAUAUUUUAUACUUUCUGGAUGUCUCAUGGGCGUAUUAUAAAGCAGGUAUAUUCUGUGUUAUAAAUCAGGCCUGAGUUGCAGAGCUUUUUUUAGAGGGGUGGGGAGAUCGCUCAGCAUCACGCGAUCGAUCAGGAUCGACCAGGAACACCCCGCAAUCAACCAGUAGAUCGUAAUUGACCUGUUGGACAUGCAUGUUAUAAAUCAAGCUCUGUUUUCUUCUUCUUGUUUUCCAAUGUCUUUUUUUUUUUUUAAUGAAUAACUAAAUUCAGUGUGGCAUUUGCAAAUUUCUAUUCUGGAAGUGUGGCCCAGAGGAAAAAAGGUUGAGAACCACUGCUGACUCUCCUAGAUAACACCUGUUGGUGAUAGGUGUGCAGAGCAGCUGGUGCUAUCCUGCAUCCCAGACAGUGAAAACAACUUCGUGUCCUUCAGGGUGAAGGAUGCUAUGUAAGGGCAAACGAGUGGGGACUUAUUAAGAAAAUCCUGUGUGCAGAGGUAAAGCCCCGGGCUGGCUGAAAACUUGCUGAUGCGAGAUGCUGCUAACUAACCAUGUCUGUCUACUGCAGUUGGGAAGCCGAGUCGUAACGGGGCUCUUUUGGUGUCAGCUUGUAGUAUAUUCAUAGCCUGGCAGGGGCAAGCGAAUGUCAAUUUGCCAGAGACGGUUAGCUCCCUAGGGGGGUCAUAAAUAAAUUCCAGGAGGAGUGUGAUGAGCCCCAGAGUUGCAGGCGGGGGUGAAAGUGGAUGGAAUUUCAGCAUGGGAAAAUUGUAAGCUAAUUCAUGUACGGGGGAAAGGUGUGUGGGGGGGUGGGAUUUCCUGCUGAUGACAGGCCGAUAGUCUUUGAAUGCUAGCGCUUGCUAUUGGAUGUUCUGCCACCAGCAGCAUGCCUCUGAAUGCUGUUUGCUGGGAAUGCUUGGACUACUUCAGUGUGCUCUACGUGGGGCUACCUUUGAAGGUGACCCGGAAACUACAACUAAUCCAGAAUGCGGCAGCUAGACUGGUGACUGGGAGCAGCCGCUGGGACCACAUAACACCGGUCUGGAAAGACCUACAUUGGCUCCCAGUCCAUUUCCGAGGUCAAUUCAAAGUGUUGGUGGUGACCUUGAAAGCCCUAAACGGCCUCGGUCCUGUAUACCUGAAGGAGCCCCCAUCGUUCUGCCCGGACACUGAGGUCCAGCUCCAAGGGCCUUCUGGCGGUUCCCUCACUGCGAGAAGCCAAGUUACAGGGAACCAGGCAAAGGGCCUUCUCUGCAUGGGACUAUCAAGAGUCUCCUCCAGCAUCAUAAUUCAAAAGUAUCAAUUCUUCAGUGAUCAGCCUUCUUUAUGGUCCAGUUCCUUCCAACUCUACAGUUCUAUAAAUUCUGUGUGCUAUGUGCAAACCAGGCCAUUGCCUGCAUAACUUCAGGUCUGUCGUUUUAUCCUUAGGGAUGAGAAACCUGCUAUUUAAAAAGCUGAGAUCCUCAAGGUAUUGAAUUCUGCACUUACCCAUCUCUGCGCUUUCUCAGUACAUUUGUUCGAUUGCGAAGACAAGAGUCCUCCCGUCUAUAAGGAAUGUAGCGACGUAUUUGGGUCUGUCUCCUCCUUAGCCAUUCUCUUCUCCUGUUCACCUCGGCGCUGUGUAAAUCAGCACAUCUUGAGUCAUGGUUUUGAAAAUGGGACAGAAACUGGCUGCCAGCUAUUGAACAGCUGGGCCUUGCUUAAUAAGCCUAAAUUGGAAGGAUGAUGCAUCUGCCUCCAACACAGAAUUGCACGCUUUUAACAUCUUCAGAAAUGUCUGUAAAGAACGCAGAGCCUGAGUGGAAGGACUUUUUUUAAUUAAAAAGAAAACGGCUCUAUUUUUGAGGUUGCAGGGACACCGUGAGCACUGUGUAAAAAUGCCAACAUAUUGAUUUCCUCUGUGUGUGUGUGUGUGUGUGUGUGUGUGUUACUUGCCUGGUGUCCCAGAUCUUGAAGCAUCUGCAAUUGGUUUAUCUGUGUUCAAGACAAGCUGAACACCCCUUUAAAAACGAUCCUGUAUUCUGUCGGUAUCUCACGCAAAGUACAUGUGCACAGCCACAGGAUGGAAUUCUAAAUCUCACUUUUGGGGCUGUGUAAUGGAUUUCUUUUGAGUUGAGACACAAGGACAUGGCUAUAUCAUCCAGCAACUUGUUUCUCCACCGUCUGUGGCCAACUGGAUGCUGUUAGGAAGUCCACACAAACGUGUUGCAUGAAGGCAACAGACAAGCAACUGAUUUUCAGAGGUACGCAUCCUCUGAAUGUGGGGUCUCCAUAGUCACUUUCAUGGCUAAUAUCCAUGGAUUAGGCCUAGCCCCCAUGAAUUUGACAGUUCUUAGAAGACCAAAAAGACUGGAAUUGCCAUCUCACUGUUUGAUUGCUAGGCAGGGUUGAGUUUUGGGAAUCGCUGCUCAUUUUCAAGCUCUCUGUCUUUUGGUGGGUUAACUUCCAUGCCAGAGCCGCAAGUGAAUAGGGUGCAAAGCUGUGGUAGGAGCUCUACCUUGGAGGCUGAGCUGAUGUUUUGUGUUUCUUAUAUAGUGAUUUUAUGUUGUGAAUCACCCUGAGAUUGGUGGGCGUAGGGCAGUAUGUUGUUGUUGUUUAGUCAUUUAGUCGUGUCCGCCUCUUCGUGACCCCCUGGACCAGAGCACGCCAGGCACUCCUGUCUUCCACUGCCUCCCGCAGUUUGGUCAAACUCAUGCUGGUAGCUUCGAAAACACUGUCCCACCAUCUCGUCCUCUGUCGUCCCCUUCUCCUUGUGCCCUCCAUCUUUCCCAACAUCAGGGUCUUAUCCAGGGAGUCUUCUCUUCUCAGGAGGUGGCCAAAGUCUUGGAGCCUCAGCUUCAGGAUCUGUCCUUCCAGUGAGCACUCAGGGCUGAUUUCCUUAAGAAUGGAGAGGUUGGAUCUUCUUGCAGUCCAUGGGACUCUCAAGAGUCUCCUCCAGCACCAGAGUUCAAAAGCAUCAAUUCUUCAGCGAUCAGCCUUCUUUAUGGUCCAGCUCUCACUUCCAUACAUCACUACUGGGAAAACCAUGGCUUUAACUAUACCUGCCUUUGUUGGCAAUGGCAGUAUACAGAUUUAAUAAUAAUAAUAAUAAUAAUAAUAAUAAUGCUUUGCCCAAUUCUAUCCCUGGUAUCUCCCAUUGAAAGGAUCAUGUAGUCGUUGUUGGAGAAAGAAAAGACACGUCUGAGCCCCUGGAGCAGUGUCAGAAACUGAGAUAUGAAAGCUAGGAGCUAAAUGGCACCUUAAAACUAGGUUAUGGGCGCAACAACGGAAUGCUUAGGCACGCUUUUUUAAUAACAGGAAUACAAAGCUGAAAAUGAAUAAACUGCAGCUGAAAUUUUAUGUUCAUUUUUCACAAGGUCUACUCCUUCCCCUGCACCCCCCUAAUAGUCUCAAAAGAGGGUCUCUUCUCCGGUCUUCAGAGAGUGGCUGGAAAUGGGGUGCCAGAAAGUGGUCCUCAAAUACAGAACUUAAAGAAGCGCAAAUAUCUAAAGUUGUGCGACUGUUUCCCCAGAGGAAGCCUGGAGGCAAGACCUGUUCUAAGUGCCCUGCAGCUUUACAGAGUAAGUGUCUUUAAAAAGCAGGAUCUGACCCCCCCCCCACCAGAGGCGGAGCAAACUGAUUGGGCCCCUGGGGUGGCAUACGUGCCCUGCGCCCAGGGGACAGGGGACAGGAUGUUCUGCGGGGCCUCCGAGGAGUCUGCCUGCCUCCUCCCACUCAGCCGUCCUGCAGCUGGGGUGGGGCAGGGGGUGGACCAUUAGGGCAGUGCAGAGCCUGCGUGCUCCCAAGCCACCGCAUCUCUCCCAGGUGAGACACAUGGCUCAGGGACCCUGCAGGCCCCGUGGUGAGUGCCGCCUGGCAUUUUUUUUUUUAAAUGAUAUUUAUUAAAUAUUAAAGUUUCAAAAGAAGCAUACAUAAAUAAGAAAAAGGAAAAAUAGAAAAAAAAUACAAAAUACAAAAAAUACAAAUUACAAAAAAAGAACAAUUAAAAACAAUUCCAUCUUUUCAUCACUUCUCUUUCAUUUACUUGUUUCCCGGACCUCCUCAUACCUCCCUUUUUUGUAUUCCAGUUCAAUUUAUUAGUUCAGCAAUUCCUUUCCCUCCUUUUUAAUCCUGAUCUUUAAUCUUAAUAUAUAUAUAGCAUUAGGUUUUUAUGUAUUUAAAAUCCAAUUUUUCCAUAUUCUUUUAUACCAUUACAGCUAGAAACCACUUAACUUCAAUCCAACAUCAUUCUAACAUUCAUUAAUUUUGCAAUAUUUCUGUAAAUAGUCUUUAAAUUUCUUCCAGUCUUCUUCCACCAACUCUUCUCCCUGGUCUCGGAUUCUGCCAGUCAUUUCUGCCAAUUCCAUAUAGUCCAUCAUUUUCAUCUGCCAUUCCUCCAGUGUGGGUAAGUCUUGUGUCUUCCAAUGCUUUGCAAUAAGUAUUCUUGCUGCUGUUGUAGCAUACAUAAAGAAAGUUCGCCGCCCGGCAUUUUGUCACCCCCCCCCAGUGGUGACACCUGGGGCAGCUCGCCCCCACCACACCCCCUUCAUUCACCACUGCCCCCACCCUCUUGCGAAAUGCUAUGAAAAUUCUCAGUGGUUUGCUCCCAAAACGAUUACAAAAUUCAACUUGAAUUUUUGCUUUAAGUGAAUUUUCACUCAACCAUAUACGAAGAAAUCAAAAAGAUGUUUAAAAUAUCUUUUAGUUAAAAAACACACAGAGGCAUUCCUUUUAGGUAUACAGUGGUACCUCGGUUACAGACGCUUCAGGUUAUAGACGCUUCAGGUUACAGACUCCGCUAACCCAGAAAUAUUACCUCGGGUUAAGAACUUUGCCUCAGGAUGAGAACAGAAAUCGUGCUCCAGCGGUUCGGCGGCAGCAGGAGGCCCCAUUAGCUAAAGCGGUGCUUCAGGUUAAGAACAGUUUCAGGUUAAGAAUGGACCUCCGGAAUGAAUUAAGUACUUAACCCGAGGUACCACUAUAAUCACAAAUGACAUUCCUGACAAUCAAAAGAAAGUAUUCCUCUUUACGACAACAGCUGCCAGGAUGCUUAUAGCAAAAAACUGGAAAGGGGGGAAAAAUCCCAUCAAUGAAAGAAUGGCAAAUUAAAUUUUGUGAAUAUAUACAUCUGGCAAGAUUCACAGCAUUCUUAAGGGGACAAUCGGACCAAAAAUUAGUAAAAGAAUGGGAUUGUGUUAAAGAAUAUAUGAAAAAACAUUGUUCUGGAGUAAGUAUAUCAGUAUGUAACGAAUGAAGCUUUGCAGGGUUAAAGAAAGUGAAAAAUGGUGCAAAAAAUAUAAAGAUAGAGGUAAUUUACAUUAGACACAACAAUUUAGAAAGAUUAAAAAUUUUGAGGUCUCAGAACAAAAGAAGGAAGUCAAUAUGUGUAUAUGUAUGUAAUGAUUAGUAUGAUGUGGUUUUCUUUGUAGAUGUGUGUUCUUUUUUGUGUGUUUUUUUCUUGUUUGUACUGCUUUGUUUUGGACUUUAUGUUUGUAAUUUUUGCUGUAACUUUGCAUUGAAAAUAUAUAUUUUUUUUAAAGUGAAUUUUCACUCAACCAAAAACCCUACAAUAUAAACUUCAGAUUCUCUCUCUCACAAAUCCAGAUAUUCCUGUGCAUAUAUUCCCUUGCAUCAACAGAGAUGGCAAGCCAGCCCUUCUCUUAAAUGUUAGGUUUUCUGCAUUGUCUGUACCAUCUUUGUGUUUUACAAAUAAGAACUAUCUCCAUGGUUUCUUUCUGGGAUUUUGUUCCUUUUCUACCAUAAUGCUCUCUUGGGUACUGGAGUUCACCCCUCUUGGGUCUGAACUGCUGGGGAUGUUGUCUGGAUACGUUUUGUAGGCAGUGUUGAUGCCGAAACUGUUUGCUUGCACUAGCAAAGCCCGAAGAACGGGAAACUCAGGAGCCCCAGAAACGUGGAACUGAACUGCUUCCCAUGUUCCUUCCCAAUCCUUUCUUGUCCUUGUUCUUAGAUGCUUGUGUGUGUUUGUAAAAAAGGACAAAAUCUGACCCUUGAGUGGCCUGAGAAGUGUUGGCAGGGGAUGGAUUCUUGCUGCGCAGCCUCUAGUUUUCCCAAGGAAGGUUUAAGCUUAAAAGGAAGAGCAGAAGCUGGGAAAGGGGGGACGAGUCCUUGGUGGUGGAAAACUCCCUUAAGGGAAAUGAGGAUUCCCAUUAUGGCACGUGGAAUAAGUGGGAUUCCUUAUAUAGGCAAUGCACAGGGUGAUGAAACUCUUCCCUUUCCCUGGCCAUUUUUGCCCCACUUCUCACGAGUAGAAGCUAAACGGCCUAAAUGGCCACGGCCCAGUAUACCUGAAGGAACAUCUCCACCCCCAUUCAUUCAGCCAGACGCUGAGGUCCAGCGCCGAGGGCCUUCUGGCGGUUCCCUCCUUGCGAGAAGCAAGGUUACAGGGAGCCAGGCAGAGGGCCUUCUCGGUGGUGGCACCCACACUGUGAAACGCCCUCCCAUCAAAUGUCAAGGAAAUAAGCAACUAUCUUACUUUUAAAAGACACCUGAAGGCAGCCCUGUUUAGGGAAGUUCUUAAUGUUUGGUGUUUUCUGGUGUUUUUAAUAUUCUGUUGGGAGCCGCCCAGAGUGGCUGGGGAAACCCAGCCAGAUGGGCGGGAUAUAAAUAAUAAAUUAUUAUUCUUUUUAUUACACUGGUACCUUGGGUUAAGUACUUAAUUCGUUCCGGAGGUCAGAUCUUAACCUGAAACUGUUCUUAACCUGAAGCACCACUUUAGCUAAUGGGGCCUCCUGCUGCCGCUGCACGAUUUCUUUUCUCAUCCUGAAGCAAAGUUCUUUACCCGAGGUACUAUUCCUGGGUUAGCGGAGUCUGUAACCUGAAGUGUAUGUAACCUGAUGCGUAUGUAACCCAAGGUACCACUGUAUUAGAGGAGUUGCAUUGGUACAGGUUGGCAUCAGGCUUGAUGAAUGACCCUUGUGUGAGAUACUGUUGUACCUUGGCGCUCGAACGGACCUUGUUCCGGAAGUCCGGUCGACUUCCGAAAACAUUUGAAAACCUAGGCGCAGCUUCAGAUUGGCUGCAGGAGCUUCCUGCACCCAAUCGGAAGCCACGUUGGACGUUUGGGUUACGAAGAACGUUCGCAAACCAGAACACUCACUUCCGGGUUUGCAAAGUUUGGGAGCCAAAAUGUUUGAGUCGCAAGGCAUUCGGGAUCCAAGAUACGACUAUAUUCAGGUCUUGUGCAAGAGGGAAGCUGCACCAAAGGUGGAAAGGAGAAAACCCUUCUAGUGGUCCUUGCAGGGAUGGGAUGCUGUAAACCUCUUUUUAUUCUGCUGGGCUUUUGAGUUUGUUUUGAAUUCCUCUUUUCUGCUUGAUUGUGUUUUAAUGGCUCUGUUUUGAAUCUCCCUGUUUUUAUUGCAUUUGUGUUUUUAUGGCUGUGAGUUGCCUAGAGGACUUUUUUAAUUUUUUUGGGUGUGGCAUAAAUGAUUUUAUAAAUAAAAAAUGCCAAAGUGAUGGAUUGGAGAAGGUUCCUGCUCAUUGAAGAAGGCAGCUAUUGCGGUAUUAUAUGGGGAAGGGGGAAUAAAGUGAGGCAGCGACUACUCUCCAGGGCUGGCAUGUUGGAAGGGCAGCUGUGGGAUAAUUCUGCAGACAGGCAUUGGUUUGUAACCAACAACCAACUAGGCUGAAAGUGCGUAAAUGGUCCAUGUGAACUUCAUGGCUGCAUGGAACAAGCUUCCCAGCCUUGGUCUGUCACUCUGACCACUGUACCGUAGAAUCAUAGAACUGAAGAGUUGAAAGGGACCCUGAGGGUCAUCCAUUCCAACCCUCUGCAAUGCAGGAAUCUCAACUACAGCAUCCAUGACAGAUGCUCCUCCAACCUCUGCUUAAAAACCUCCAGCGAAAAACCGUUCCAUGGUUGAAGAGCUCUUACUCUCAGAACGUUGAAACAAAAUAAAAAUAACCCCUUCCAGUAGCACCUUAGAGACCAACUAAGUUUGCUAUUGGUAUGAGCUUUCGUGUGCAUGCACACUUCUUCAGAUACGCUGUCAGAACGUUUUCCCUGAUGUUUAGUCAGCCGUUGGUUCGAGUCCUACCUUCCAGAGCAGGAGAAAAGAAGCUCACUCCAUCUUCCUUAAGAUAUUUGAUGGCUAUCACAUCUACAUGGGACUCGGGUGGCGCUGUGGUCUAAACCACUGAGCCUAGGACUUGCCAAUCAGAAGGUUGGCGGUUCGAAUCCCCGCGACGGAGUAAGCUCCCAUUGUUCGGUCCCUGCUCCUGCCAACCUAGCAGGACCCCACGUCAAAGUGCAAGUAGAUAAAUAGGUACCGCUCUGGCGGGAAGGUAAACGGCGUUUCUGUGCGCUGCUCUGGUUCGCCAGAAGCGGCUUAGUCAUGCUGGCCACAUGACCCGGAAGCUGUACGCCGGCUCCCUCGGCUAAUAAAGUGAGAUGAGCGACGCAACCCCAGAGUCGUCCGCGACUGGACCUAAUGGUCAGGGGUCCCUUUACCUUUACCUUUAUCACAUCUACUCUCAGUCUCCCCUUUUCCAGGCUAAGCAUAUUCCGCUCCUGUACAGCACAUUGGUCUCAGUAUGAAUAUUGCUGCUGCUCUUCCUUAAAUUAGGCUUCUAGCCCUUAUGAAGUAAUGAAACAUGCAGUUUUGAUUUCGGGUGCAGGACGCUGAACUAAGCCAAUGGAGGACAUCUUGCGUGGUGAAAUAAAGGCUGUUUAGAUUCUGAUUGUGCAGAAUAUGUGGGCAGUCUUAAUUCUAGGUUGCCGGCAACUUGAACAAAGAAUUGAGGAUUUUAUCUCAUUAAUAGGGUGGCGGUAGAGGAGUAAAUGCCACCCAGGAAAGUGAUGGUUUUGUUUGCUCCUUAUUGGAAAGGGAAGCAGUUCCCAUCGUUUUGGAUUACAAGGGCUGCUGUAAGGGUGGAAGGGAACAAUUGGGUCAAGAGGCUCUUUAACAAAAAAAAUAUAUUAGGGAUUAGCAACGGAUCAAGCAUCUGAAACUGGGCUGAAACAGAAAGCAAGAAUCCCGGCUGGCGUGCUCAAACCCGCUGUGCAACUAAGCUCUGCUUAGCAGUCCCAUCAACAACUCUCUGCGCUGGGGUAAGUUGAUUAGCUAUCAAGGGAGGGUUUAGGCUAGUAGCAGAGGUAAAGGGACCCCUGACCAUUAGGUCCAGUCGUGGCCAACUCUGGGAUUGCAUCACGCUUUACUGGCUGAGGGAGCCGGCAUACAGCUUCCGGGUCAUGUGGCCAGCAUGACUAAGCCGCUUCUGGCGAACCAGAGUAGCGCACGGAAACGCCGUUUACCUUGCCGCCGGAGCGGUACCUAUUGAUCUACUUGCACUUUGACGUGCUUUCGAACUGCUAGGUUGGCAGGAGCAGGGACCGAACAACGGGAGCUCACUCUGUCACAGGGAUUCAAACCACUGACCUUCUGAUCCACGGCUGUGCUGGCUAGGGCUGAUGGAAGUUGAAGUUCAAAACAGGCUGAGGGCACCAGGUUGGGAAAGGCUGGGCUUUAGAUAUGGCUGGGCUUCCGCAGCUCUGAACUUUGCAAUCCCAACCGAAUCUCCUAAUCUUCCUCUCUCCCUGCCCUCAGAGCUUAUCCUUCAAAAGUCUCUGCACUAUCUCUUUGUCCAAAUCCAGUUGGUUGCAAAGGCGGAGCGAAAUAGAUGAUAAAACCCUGUGUUGAAACAUGGAUCUCUGCUCUUGUCGCUUGGCAAAACAGUUCUAGACGUGGUGAGUGAAUUCUGAGGCCAGGGUAUUGCCUCUGUUCUGCGGAUGAGCCUUUGCGGCGCUUGAUGGAUUGUGUAUCUGCUCAGGGAAAAAGAAAAAACGCUUUUCCUCUGCUUGCCGGGUCAACGAUUUGUGCAUCAAACACCCCAGCCCCUUUUUCUGACACAGUACAUACAGCUGUAAAUAUUGUCUCUCCAAAUUCCUAGCAUUUUGCUGGGAUUUUUGUUGUUGCAGUCAGAGCCUGUUGCCUGCCUGUUCUCUGACUCAUCGUUUAAUAUCAGUUCUUCUGGCUUGGGGGGGCUUUGUGGGCUGGCUAAACAUAUGGAGACUUUUUGCCACCGUUAAUCUAAAGACCCAAACUGAUGCGUCCACCAUCAAAGGCAUGGCCUGCUUCCAUGCACUUACUGGAGUAAUGCUGAAAUAGGAUAAAAAGGGAUUGGGCGUUGGCUUCUGUUGCGAAACUGUGAUUAAAUCAGAGAUAUGUCUCUAGUGUUAAGAGGAGCUUCCAGAGAAAGGAAGAAAUGGAUAUGUGUUGUUUCUGAAAUCAGAGAAGGAAAUUUAGCGCUGCUUGAACCUGCUAAUGGGCUUCUACAGGCAUUCUAUAGAUCUCGUUUGGACUUCAGGCAGAGUAUUUAUUUGAAUUUAUUUCAUAAAAUUUACAAACUGAUGGAUUGUAAAGUUAAUCAUAAUAAUAAUAAUAAUUUCUCAAAGCUGUUUACAAAGAGAAUAAAACUAUAAAAGUAUCAGUAGAAGCAACCCUUUCAAACAUUCGAAAGAUAAAGCCAGCAAUAAACUCAAAGCAAAUCAAAGCAUACACCAGCAUUCUACAUGUCUGGGUAGGCUUGUCUAAACAAGAACGAUUUUAGCAGGCGCCGAAAAAGAGGCCAGUGAAGACCUGAUGUCAAUAGGCAGGGAGUUCCAGAGCUACACAUUAUGACUUGUCUCGGAAUAUAGGCUUCUUCUCAACAUUUGCAAAAAUUAGGUAAAGGUAAAGCGACCCCUGACCAUUAGGUCCAGUCGUGGCCGACUGGGUUUGCGGAGCUCAUCUCGCUUUACUGGCUGAGGGAGCCGGCGUACAGCUUCCAGGUCACGUGGCCAGCAUGACUAAGCCGCUUCUGGCAAACCAGAGCAGCGCACGGAAACGCCGUUUACCUUCCCACCAGAGUGGUACCUAUUUAUCUACUUGCACUUUGACGUACUUUUGAACUGCUAGGUUGGCAGGAGCAGGGACCGAGCAACAGGAGCUCACCCCACCGCGGGGAUUCGAACCGCCUACCUUCCGAUCGACAAGCCCUAGGCUCUGUGGUUUAAACCACAGCACCACCUGCGUCCCUAUUUGCAAAAAUUACGAGGAAAUAAAUAAAUUUAUAUGUUUAAAAUCUAAUUGGAGUUGCUGUGCGCACGCACAACCACACACACAAAGUGCUCUUUAUAAGUAAUAGAGGGUGAAGCAGCACUGAGGGAUGUUCUGUAACUUCAGUGGAUGAAGAAGAAGAGUUUGGAUUUGAUAUCCCGCUUUAUCACUACCCGAAGGAGUCUCAAAGCGGCUAACAUUCUCCUUUCCCUUCCUCCCCCACAACAAACACUGUGAGGUGAGUGAGGCUGAGAGACUUCAGAGAAGUGUGACUGGCCCAAGGUCACCCAGCAGCUGCAUAUGGAGGAGCGGGGAAGCGAACCCGGUUCACCCGAUUACGAGUCCACUGCUCUUAACCACUACACCACACUGGCUCUCAUGAGAUGGGCAGGGAUGCUGAACACCCCUCUCCCCUACUGCUUACCACUUCCCUCCCCCCCUUAUUUCUUAGCCUGGCUCUGGAGCAAGAAGAGGCGGUUUUCUGGGGAAUGUAGGUAUAGGAUGGAGGGACCCUACCCACAACCUCUCACCUGCUUCUCUGUUCGAAAAAGCUGCUCUCCCCACUGUGGCACACAGCGCCAUCAGUGUGCAUAGUUUGCUUAUCAGAGUUAUUUCGAGCUAGGAGAUACAGAAGGGAGGAGAUUCACCAAAGGAAUGUAGAUUAGGUAUUCAUUCUUUCAACAGCUGCUAGAUUGGCUGUUGUGUUAAAUACUGAAAAUCCAGGAGAGGCUUAUCGGUGGGGGAAAAUACUUGCACAAUGCGUGGGAGAUUUUUUUUAUGUAUAUAAUGGGAAGGAAACUUUUCAUUCCAUGAAGCAUGAAGCUGAAGGGAGCGCAUGUGAGAGGGAGCAUUUUUUCAUAAUUCCAAACUGGGCACUUACCUUCCUGGAACAGGAGAUGGUUACAAUUUAGAAUCAUAGAAUUGUAGUAGUAGUAGUAGUAGUAGUAGUAAUAAUAAUAAUAAUAAUAAUAAUAAUAAUAAUUCAUUAUUUAUACCCCGCCCAUCUGGCUGGGCUUCCCCAGCCACUCUAGGCCACUCUGAGCAGCUUCCAAGAAAAUAUCAAAAUACCGUAAUGCAUCAAACAUUAAAAGCUUCCCUAAACAGGGCUGCCUCAGAUGUCCUUUAAAAGACUGGUAGUUGUUCUCUUUGACGUCUGGUGGGAGGGCGUUCCACAGGGCGGGCGCCACUAACGAGAAGGCCCUCUUCCUGGUUCCACGUAACCUCACUUCUCGCAGUGAGGGAACUGCCAGAAGGCCCUUGGAGCUGGACCUCAGUGUCCGGGCUGGACGAUGGGGGUGGAGACGCUCCUUCAGGUAUACUGGACCGAGGCUGUUUGGGGCUUUCAAGGUCAGCACCAACACUUUGAAUUGUGCUCAGAAACGUACUGGGAGCCAAUGCAGGUCUUUCAAGACCGAUGUUAUGUGGAGUUGGAAACGACCCAGAGAGUCAUCGAGUCCAAUCCCCUGCAAUGUAGGAAUCUCAACUAAAGCAUCCACAUGACAGAUGGCUAUCCAACCUUCUCCAAAGAAGGAGAGUCCACAGUCUCCCGAGGGUGUCCAUUCCAUAGAUGGACAGCUCUUGCGGUCAGAAAGUUCUUCCUGAUGUUGAGUUGGGGGUCUCCUUUCUUGUAACUUGACUUAGUUGGUUUGAGUUCUACCUUCCAGAGCAGCAAAAAACAAGCUUGCUCCAUCCUCCAUGUGGCAGCCAUGAUGACUCUCAUAUCUCCUCUUCUCCAGGAUAAACAUAUUUUAAAAGUACAGUUGUCAUUGGAAUGGUUUAUUUUUGCCCCAAAUGCUUUCUUGCCCAGAGUUUGUGGUUGCUUUGCAGUGUGGUGAGCCAGUGUGGUGUAGUGGUUAAGAGUGGUGGACUCGUAAUCUGGUGAACCGGGUUCGCUUCCCCGCUCCUCCACAUGCAGCUGCUGGGUGAUCUUGGGCUAGUCACACUUCUCUGAAGUCUCUCAGCCUCACUCACCUCACAGAGUGUUUGUUGUGGGGGAGGAAGGGAAAGGAGAAUGUUAGCCGCUUUGAGACUCCUUCGGGUAGUGAUAAAGCGGGAUAUCAGAUCCAAACUCUUCUUCUUCUUCUUUGCAUCUUAAAGGUAAAGGGACCCCUGACCAUUAGGUCUAGUCGUGACCGACUCUGGGGUUGCGGCACUCAUCUCACUUUACUGGCCGAGGGAGCUGGCGUACAGCUUCUGGGUCAUGUGGCCAGCAUGACUAAUCCGCUUCUGGCGAACCAGAACAGCACAUGGAAACGCCGUUUACCUUCCUGCUGGAGCGGUACCUAUUUAUCUACUUGCACUUUGACGUGCUUUCAAACUGCUAGGUUGGCAGGAGCAGGGACCGAGCAACGGGAGCUCACCCCGUCGAGGGGAUUCGAACCGCCAACCUUCUGACCAGCAAGCCCUAGGCUCUGUGGUUUAGACCACAGUGCCACCCACGUCCUGUGCGGAUUUGCAUCUUAAGCAUGUAUUAAUACUUUUGGAUCUUCAUCCUUGUCAUUGAGAAAUGCACUUGGACGGUCUGUGUGGGUUUUUCUAUUCCACAGGCCAUUAUUAUCUCCACCGUGUUCUUCCAUUACUGUUCAAGCAGCCCAAUUGCUGACUCACUCUAGUUGCCAUGUGUUUAUCUGUCCAUAUAUGUGUGUGCCUAUCAACUGACUUCAGAGAAUACUACUUUCUCUAUCUUUCCUUCAUUAUCUCCCCUUUUUUAACUCUUCUUGCAGCUGAUCCUGUUGAUAAUCCAUAAAAUCCUGUUCCUGGUGGGAAAUCUGGACAUUAAAAGUUUUUCCAGUGUUUCAUCCAGUGGACAGAUUGGAGGCUCUUUCCGGGUUGCAGGCUGGUCACAAAAUUGAGGUAAGGUGAAAUUCUGUGUCUUAAGUGAGGGUUUCUUUGCAGCAUCUUUAUUUAAAAAUGAGAUUGACUUUUUCGGCCCGCUACAUCCCCAUGACAAGGAUUCAUACACAAAUAAUGAAAUGCAUAUUUGCAAAAACAAAAAAACCCCUUGAUUUUAUAUUGAUCAACAGCAAAUCUACCCUGCUAAAGUAUGAAGUCCUCCAUUUGUCUUGUAACUGCUACUUGCUUGCAUUCGCUGUUACCCAAAGGUGGACCCACUGUUUACCUUUCCUGCAACUACUGUUGCAUUAAAGAGCCCACCUACGGUAUAUUUUGAAACAUCACCAUUAAUAAUAGUUUUUGAUUUUCUUCUUUGGCGAUCACUCGUAGCCGAGUAAGAUUGUCUUCCAUAAACACGGUUUUAACAAUGAGUCUGUAAGUGACUGUGGAGGCAAAUUCUGGAUCCACUUGUCCUUCCAUAGUGGGGACAUUGGUAUCCGGGCGGGAGUUGAUCAUGGUGUGGAUUUGCCAAGCAUGCCUUCCUCUUAGCACGUUUCUCCCUUGCGUCCAGAGUUAGAAUGUCUUCAAAGCCCAUGACACCUUUGGUAAAGGCUGUUCUCCAACUGGAGCACUCGUAGGCCAGUGUUUCCCAACUGUUAGUGUUUAUACAGUGGUACCUUGCAAGACGAACGCCUCGCAAGACGAUAAACUCGCAAGACGAAAGAGUUUUUCGUUUUUUGAGUUGCUUCUCUAGACGAAUUUCCCUAUGGGCUUGCUUUGCAAGACGAAAACGUCUUGCAAGUUUGUUUCCUUUUUCUUAAAACCAUUAAUACCCAGGGUGCAUUGCCUCGCAAGACGAAAAAUUCGCAAGAUGAAAAAACUCGCAGAACGAAUUAAUUUUGUCUUGCGAGGCACCACUGUACUACAUUUUUUAAGAUUUGCCUUGAGACUGUCUUUAAACCUCUUUUGUUGAUCACCAGCUUUACGCUUUCCAUUUUUAAGUUUGGAAUAGCUUUGGAAGACGAUAAUCAGGUAUCCAAACAACAUGUCCAGUCCAUAGGUGAACUAAUACCAGUGUAUCGAAAAUAGCAAAGAUCACAAGUGUUGAAGCAAUGAUUCUUCAACAUCAACUUGGUUGGACUGGGCAUGUUGUCUUUUUUUUUUAUUUAGACCCUCUUAGACAACUGAUUGGAAAGGUUAAUAUAUUAGCUUAAUAUCCCACCUUGUUUGCAUGCCGAUACCCAUUGCUUCGCAGUUGGCACGCAGGCAGGUGAAAGCAGUGUUUGAAAUUCCCCGGAUGCUAGGGGUGUUUUGCUACUGGUGCGGGUCCAGUACUGGAGAUUUCUGGGUGCCAGAUUGCAAACUGACAUCUCCAUCGAGCCAGCUGACUUGUGCAUAGCAAAAGACAUGCGAAAGUCCAUAGUUAAUACCGUUUCCACUGGGUGUGAUUCUCGCUUCUUGCCUAGUGGGACAAGUGAAUUGUUUAAGGUGACCCAGAAACUACAACUAAUACAGAAUGCGGCAGCUAGACUGGUGACUGGGAAUGGCUGCCAAGACCAUAUAACACCGGUCUUGAAAGACCUACACUGGCUCCCAGUACAUUUCCAAGCACAAUUCAAAGUGAUGGUGCUGACCUUGAAAGCCCUAAGUGGCCUUGGUCCAGGAUACCUGAAGGAGCGUCUCCACCCCCAUCGUUCAGCCCAGACACUGAGGUCCAGCUCUGAGGGCCUUCUGGCGGUUCCCUCACUGUGAGAAGCCAAGUUACAGGGAACCAGGCAGAGGACCUUCUCGGUGGUGGCGCCCGCCCUGUGGAACGCCCUCCCACCAGAUGUCAAAGAGAUAAACAACUACCAGACUUUUAGAAGACAUCUGAAGGCAGCCCUCUUUAGGGAAGCUUUUAAUGUUUAAUAGACUAUUGUAUUUUAAUAUUCUGUUGGAAGCCACCCAGAGUGACUGGGGAAACCCAGCGAGAUGGGCGGGGUAUAAAUGAUACAUUAUUAUUGUUGUUGUAAGAAUGAGAUACAGCCAAGCAAUGUAGCUGAAAUCAUAGAAUCAUAAAAUUGUAGUGUUGGAAGGGACCCUGAUGAACAGGCAUUCCGUUGCGGUGGCCGCAACCCACGUCUAAGGCGCCAUUUGGCACCUAGCUUAUAUAUCUGAGUUUCUAACACAGGUGGAAAGCCAUGGUUAGCAACUGGCUUGGCUUGUGGGGAGGUACAUGCUGCUCAUCAUAUCAUGGCUCUUUAUUUGUAGGAAAUUUGAUUAUAGAGAAUGGGAAGGCAAGUGAGUGUUGACGAUGGGAAAGAGGGAGUCUUCAAGGUACUUGGGAAGCCAUUUGGGAAUGUCCCAAAUGAUGCAGAGAUGUUCAAAGGUGAAAAUUUAAGCAGCCAGCAGAGGGACAGGAGGACUUGGGAAGCAGCAGCCAGGCUUUCUAAUCAUUUUGAUGCAGACGUCAUAAUGAUUCCUGCUAAUGCUAUUAUACUAAAUUUUUUGGGACUUAACUGUGCCAGGAUAACCUAUAAAACUUUAGGGGCGACAUGGGGCUCUUCUCUGCUAAGUUUUAAGCUCCUGCUUGUCUGUUUUGUUCAUAUUUUUUUGUUUUGUUUUUCAUGGGGCUAAGAUGGUUGGACGGCACCUUGUACGCCUCCUUCCGGCGACUCCUGCAGCCAAGUUGGCGUUAAACUUAUUGCUCUGCUUUCCUUUGGACCCACGUGUACCUCCAUAGACUUGUGCCCUGGGGAGGCCACUUUGGUGCUUUCUAGCCUGCUUCUGAGCUGGUGCCACCAAGUUAAAUGUCAUCUGCAGAUGUUUUGUUGUUAGCUGUUUUGGAAAGGAAAUGGUUUCCUUCUUUGUGUUGUUAUAAAAAGGGGUUGAUUUCUUUUUUUGAUGGAAUUGCAAACUUGGUGGAUUAGUGGAAUGCUGUGGACAUAGUGUAUCUUGAUUUCAGUAAGGCUUUGGACAAAGUCCCUCAUGAUAUUCUUGCGAGGAAGCUGGUAAAAUGUGGGUUGAACGAGGUAACAGUUAGGUGGAUUUGUAGCUGGUUGACUUACCAAGCCCAAAGAUCUAGUUACAGGUAGGUAGCUGUGUUGGUCUGCCGUAGUUGAAACAAACAAACAAACAAAAAUUCCUUCCAACUAAGUUUGUUAUUGGUAUGAGUUUUCGUGUGCUUUUGUUAUCUGAAGAAGUGUGCAUGCACACAAAAGCUCAUACCAAUAACAAACUUAGUUGGUCUCUAAGGUGCUACUCCCGUAUAGUUAAAGCUAUGAUUUUCCCAGUAGUGAUGUAUGAAAGGGAGAGCUGGACCAUAAAGAAGGCUGAUCACCAAAGAAUAGAUGCUUUUGAAUUCUGGUGCUAGAGGAGACUCUUGAGAGUCCCAUGGACUGCAAGAAGAUCACACUGAUCCAUUCUGAAGGAAAUCAGCCCUGAGUGCUCACUGGAAGGACAGAUCCUGAAGCUGAUACUCCAAGACUUUGGCCACCUCAUGAGAAGAGAAGACUCCCUGGAAAAGACCCUGAUGUUGGGAAAGAUGGAGGGCACAAGGAGAAGGGGACAACAGAGGACGAGAUGGUUGGACAGUGUUCCUGAAGCGACUAACAUGAGUUUGACCAAACUGUGGGAAGCAGUGGAAGACAGGAGUGCCUGGCGUGCUCUGGUCCAGGGGGUCACGAAGAGUCGGACACGACUAAACAACAACAACAAGGUGCUACUGGAAGGAAUUUUUUAAAUAUUUUGUUAGAACCCAAAGAGUACUCAUUAAUGGUUCCUCGUCAUCCUGGAAAAAAGUGACAAGUGGGGUGCCACAGGGUUCUGUCCUGGGCCCGUUGUUGUUCAGCGUCUUUAUAAAUGACUUGAAGGAAGGAAUUGAGGGGAUGCUCAUCCAAUUUGCAGAUGACACCAAACUGGGAGGAGUAGCUAAUGCCGCAGAAGGCAGAAUCAGAAGUCAAAAUAACCUUAACGAAUUGGAGAACUGGGCACAAGCAAACAAAAUGAAUUUCAAUAGAGACAAAUGUCAGACUCUGCACUUAGGCAGGAAGAAUCAGAUGCACAAAUAUAGGAUGGGGAACACCUGGCUUACUAGCAGUACAUGUGAAAAGGAUCUAGGGGUCUUGGUGGACCACAAGCUGAACAUGAGUCAACAGUGUGAUGCAGCAGCAAAAAAGACUGAUGCUAUUCUAGACUGCAUCAACAGAAGUCUAGUGUCCAGAUCAAGGGAAGUAAUAGUCCCACUCUAUUGUGCCUUGGUCAGACCACACCUGGAAUACUGUGUCCAAUUAUGGGCACUACAAUUUAAGAAGGAUGUUGACCAGCUGGAAUGUGUGCAGAGGAGGGCGGACAAGAUGAUCAGUGGUCUGGAAACUAAGCCUUAUGAGGAAUGGUUGAAGGAGCUGGGGAUGUUUAGCCUGGAAAAGAGGAGACUGAGAGGAGAUAUGAAAGCCAUCUUCAAAUAUCUUAAGGGCUGUCACAUGGGGGGAGGGAACAUGCUUGUUUUCUCCUGCUCUGGAAGGUAGGACUCGAACCGAUGGUUUCAAGUUAUUUCAUUGUUUGUUGACAUUGCAACAGUGAUGAUCCAAGAUAGACUUUUCGGGAAUCUGUUUUUUAAAAUAUUUCACACCCAAUUUUGCAGUGCUAAUUUUAGAAAAGGGUCAACAUGGAAAGGAACAGUGAUAUGUGAAAGACCUGUUGAUCAUCUUCUGUUCAGCCUCCCUCUUCUAUCCAUUCUGCACUUUUGAGAACUAAUAUACUAAGCAGGGGUCAGCAAACUUUUCUAGCAGGGGGCCGGUCCACUGUCCCUCAGACCUUGUGGGGGGCCGGACUAUAUUUUGAAGAAAAAAAUGAACAAACUCUUAUGCCCCACAAAUAACCCAGAGAUGCAUUUUAAAUAAAAGCACACAUUCUACUCAAGUAAAAACACACUGAUUCCCGGACCGUCCGCGGGCUGGAUUGAGAAGGCGAUUGGUCCGGAUCCGGCCCCCGGGCCUUAGUUUGCCUACCCAUGUACUAAGGUAUGUAGAGCUCUUUGUGUACUUCUCAUACCAGCUCCCCCCCCCCAAAAAAAAAGUAAAUAAAUGUUUAAAGUCCUCAUGGCCGCGGGUAUAAGGUUGACAAUUACAUAGGCUCCCCAGGGAAUUUUUUAGAAGUACUGAAGUAUGUGAGAGCAUGACAUUUGGGGAUAAGGUGGUGAGGUGUUGCUGCUCAACGUAGCUUUCCUUCUCUCGCCACAACUAGUGAAAACUGGGUGAAUUUUGCAGGGUGUUUCGACUGAUCGCCUUUCAGCUCUCCUAUUUUGGUGAUAACUUUUUCCUCCUUCUCGUGGAGAGAUGGAGGCUCAUUUAUAUUCAUUGGGCUUGAAAUUGCUGUGAUAAAUAGAGGUUACUGGCGUUCUUAUGAGCUGGCCUGACUGCUUCCUGGGGUCUGCAGUAGGCUGAAUUCCUAUGAAACUCCUUCUGCUUUUGUUCCUUUCCUUUCUCCUGCCUGCUUCGAAGCUCAUUAGAGCCCACCUACCACACCUUUGAACAGAACGCGGAGUCCGUGGGGACAGAAUAGGGAACUGCACCCUGGAGGGCCCAGUGACUUUGGACAAUAACCUCGACUUCCCACGGCUGUUUCCCAUUGUUUGAAGUAAUUUUUGAUUGAACAGGAGGAAUAACAGUCAAGUGGUGCGUGGUGGGUACCCCCCCGAAACCUUUUGCCAUUGCUUGUUCCAUUUUGAUGGGAAUGCCAAUUUAGAUUGGGGGAUAGCAGUGUCACCCACCACCCAUUUUCCACAUCUUCCUUGGCUCCAGACGUAAUGGCCAGUUGGAAGACAAGCAAGGGGCUAUUCUGGAAGUUGCAGCUACACCUGAACUGCCUUCCUGAUUGGGAGACCGCUGUAAGCGGAUGGAAACAUUAGCAGGAUUUUAAUAACACUUGUAAUGUAACAAUUACAAAAAUAUGUGCUAUGAAACAACAUGCAUUGGGAAAUGAUGGCAAUGAGACCCAUGGAGGAGAUGGGGGAAAGUCUAGAGAUUCAGAGAAAGCUCUAAAUGUGGGGUGGGGUUUGGUAUUAUUAUAAUUUUAUGCUUGUAAAAUAUGGUUACCAGAUUUAUUUCAAUGAAUCUGGGGACACUUUUUUUUAAGCUGAGUAGCAACAGGGAGUCAGUGGUGGGGAUGGUGAGGCAAAAGACCCUGGGCCCAAGCACGCAUGCAUAUUGUAUAAAGGUGCAAAGCCCUUCUUUUGCACCCUGUGAAACAUAAAUGCACAGAGGUUUUUAAAAACAGCAAUGGUGACUCCCCCAAUCUCCUUCCCCCUUCCCCCUUUGUUUUGACUGAUUGGAGGAGGCUUGGAAGUCGCGGGUGGGCAGCUGUUGCCCAGUUUUUUAAAAACUCUGCACAUUUAUGUUUCACAGGGUGUGAAAGAUGGGCUUUGCACCUUGCCUGGCAGAGAAACUGCAUGCCUUGCACCCCUCCUGGGCAGUGGCCACCCACUCGCGACACCCGAGCUUCCCCCGAUCUGUCAAAACAAAGGGGGAAGGGGGCAGGAGAUCUGUACCGCCAGACGUCCCCGGUUCCUCUUCGGCAGUGGCAGCAGCAGCGGGCAGCUCCUGAAGCCAGCCAGAUCCAACUGCGCUACCAGGCUAGCUCCGGGCUGCUGAGACUGCCGCUGCCACGUUUCCCAGGGACAGAUUUGGAAAUCCGGGGACUGUCCCCAGGAACCAGGGACGUCUGGUAACCCUAUUGUGAAAUCAAAUAAAAAUUACAGUGGUACCUCAGGUUAAGAACUAAAUUUGUUCCGGAGGUCUGUUCUUAACCUGAAACUGUUCUUAACCUGAAGCACCACUUUAGCUAAUGGGGCCUCCUGCUGCUGCCGCGCCGCCGGAGCACAAUUUCUGUUCUCAUCCUGAAGCAAAGUUCUUAACCCGAGGUAAUAUGUAACCUGAGGUACCACUGUAUUUUCAAAAUUGCAAAGAAAGAAAGAAAGAAAGAAGAACUGCCUUCCUGAAAAAGCAGCCCUGUUCAGAUACGCUGAACAUGUCCUUUUAAAAAAUAAAAAUGGAGUGCUCUUCACUUCACAGGAACAUGAGCUUUCUCAGAGUGCACAUUUGGGGAUUGACCUAGGAGGAAACAAGAAUAGCCAAUCUCAGUAGGGAUAGUGUGUUGAAGUGGUACAGAAUGCACCAUGGGAUCUUGGGGGGGGGGGGAGUAACACGAGAAGGAGAGGAUGUGUAGCUGGGGUCUUUUACCGUUGGCCUGAGGGUUUGAUGGGAAAGGCAUGGAUUCUCUAAUGCAUGGAUUUGUGGGGUGUGGGAGAGUGUUGAGCUUUGACAUCGGAUCCAGGCCAAGUAAGAUGACCGGGGGAGCGGUAAGGGGCAGAUUUCAAUGCAGUGGAAGCAAAAGAUUCUCCUGGGCAGCAUGAAUGUGAGGAAAGGGAAACGGCCCGGCCUCUUCUCUCUGUAAUUCCCCCCCAGGGUGUCGUACAAUGCACUCUCUCGCUUCCGCAGGAUAUCCAAUUGUAGAUCCCAGGGGCCUUCGUUCUGUACGGCUUGGAAUGCCCUCUGUGGGGCAUUCGUCCCGGGUGUCAGGCCUGCUGCCAAAACUCCCCUGGAUCAGAUCUGAGAAUCGAGCAGAACCCCCACGAGCAAAGUAGACUCUCCUCCCUACCCCAAGCUCAGUUUAUCCAAAUAAAUAUAUCAGAAGGAGCGUCUCCACCCUGGUCUACCUCCAAGGGUCUUCUGGUGGUUCCCUCCCUACAAGAAGUGAGGUGACAGGGGACCAGGCAGAAGAGGGCCUUCUCGGUGGUGGUGCCUGCCCUUUGGAACGCCCUCCCAUCAGAUGUCAAGAAAAUAAACAACUACCUGACUUUUAGAAGACACCUGAAGGCAGCCCUGUUUAGGGAAGUUUUUAAUGUUUGAUGUUUUAUCACGUUUCUAAUAUUCUGUUGUGAGCCGCCCAGAGUGGCUGGGGAAACCCAGCUAGAUGGGUGGGGUAUAAAUAAUAAAUUAGCAUUAUCAUCACCAUAAUCAUUAUUAUUGUCAUUAUUAUUAUUAUUAUUAUUAUAUCCAGUUGGGUUGAUCGUUUGUGCUGUUGCUUGGAUGUGGGCUCAUUUUAGUCCCAAAUAGGACUAAUUUAGUCAGCUAGCCCUGGUGAUCAUCUAAUGUUUAUUGGAUGGAUUUUUCCCCUCAACUGAUUUUUGAAUUCUGAAUUUAUUGUUAUUCACGUUUUAUACUGUAUUUUAUGCUGUUUUUUGUUGCAUCAAUUAAGCGUUUUAAAUUUGUUGUUAGCCGCCCCGAGCUUGGUUUUCUGAACCGGGAAGGGUGGGGUAUAAAUAAAAAUUUAUUAUUAUUAUUUUAUUAUUUUGCUUCCUUCUUCUCUCGAGUCCUUGUGUAAAAGUAAGGUGACACAUGGCUUUGUGUCCUUGGACUGUUCUGUUGGCCUGUGGACAGGCAAGGGUUAGGCUUGCAUUGAGAGAAGAACCCUGACCUCUCUGUGUGUUGUGUUGAUUAGAUGUUCAGUAGAAGGACACACAUUAUUCCCCUCCAUUAAAGCAUGUGACACAAAGAUCACGCCUGUCCCGUACAGGAAGAUGAAAAUCUAGAAUCCUGGUGCUCUGUAUUCUUCAUGGAGUUCUUCUAGUGUGAACAUCUGCUUUCCCAACAAUCCUGUUGGGGUUAGAUAAUGCCAUUAAGGAGCACUAUCUGAAAUUCCAGCAACAACAAACCUAGACAGCAUCUUAAAAAAGCAGAGACAUCACCUUGCCAACAAAGGUCCGUAUAGUAAAAGCCAUGGUUUUCCCAGUAGUGAUGUAUGGAAGUGAGAGCUGGACCAUAAAGAAGGCUGAUCGCCAAAGAAUUGAUGCUUUUGAAUUCUGGUGCUGGAGGAGACUCUUGAGAGUCCCAUGGACUGCAAGAAGAUCAAACCUCUCCAUUCUGAAGGAAAUCAGCCCUGAGUGCUCACUGGAAGGACAGAUCCUGAAGCUGAGGCUCCAAUACUUUGGCCACCUCAUGAGAAGAGAAGACUCCCUGGAAAAGACCCUGAUGUUGGGAAAGAUGGAGGGCACAAGGAGAAGGGGACGAUAGAGGACGAGAUAGUUGGACAGUGUUCUCGAAGCUACCAACGUGAGUUUGACCCAACUGCGGGAGGCAGUGGAAGACAGAAGUGCCUGGCGUGCUCUGGUUCAUGGGGUCACGAAGAGUCGGAUACGACUAAACGACUAAACAACAACAUCUGAAAUUCCACGAGUCCAUGGCAGAAUUGAAAGCGAAAGCUUUGGUGUCCUAGAACUAAGACAAGCUUUGCGUCCGUUGGAUAGAAGGACUGGUGUAGAGCUUCUAUCUGCGCCAAGGAAUGGCCAGAAAGAAAGUCCUACUCCAGUAUCAAGAGUUCUGAUGAAGCCAAGGAGAUGUGUGCCUGAUCAGCUCCUGGAGGGAAAGCCUUUGCCAGCUAAUCUGAGCUUUCGAAAGAAGCAGCUGCAAUAGUGCAUAAUAAAAACACGUGUCCAAAUGGUUCAGAGGGUGCCGUUUCUUGGGCCUGUGUGACAAGAGCAAGAAUAUGAGCUGCAUAUCGUUCUUCCUUGUGCCCAAAUACGGCAAAACUGAGUACUGGGCUCAGUAGCUUGUUGCUGGCCCAGCUUGGCAACCAACCCCUUAAGAUUCCUGCCCCUUUGGGUGAGUCCUGGCAUCCCUCAGGCCUCAUAAAAGCUGUCCUAGCUGGAAUGAAAGAACUUGCGUAUCAUGAGUGGUGGAACAGUGGUGAUGGUGGAAUCGAUGCAGCCACUGUCUAACCUCUGAGAGCCAGUGUGGUGUAGUGGUUAAGAGCAGUAAACUCGUAAUCUGGGGACCCGGGUUCGCGUCUCCGCUCCUCCACAUGCAGCUGCUGGGUGACCUUGGGCUAGUCACACUUCUCUGAAGUCUCUCAGCCCCACUCACCUCACAGAGUGUUUGUUGUGGGGGAGGAAGGAAAAGGAGAACGUUAGCCGCUUUGAGACUCCUACGGGUAGUGAUAGAGCGGGAUAUCAAAUCCAAACAACUCCUCCUCUUCUUCUUCUUCUUCUUCUUCUUCUUCUUCUUCUUCAUCUUCUCCUCUGCUUGCUAGAGAGGCACUGCUUCCUCCCAUCGUUCUCAACUUCUGCCUUGCCACUAAUAAUAAAAAUAAUAAAAUUUUAUUUAUAUCCUGCCCUCCGAAGCCGGGCUCAGAGCGGCUAACAACAAUAAAAAUAACACAGUUACAUAUAAUCACAAUCAAUUAAUUGAAAUGCAUUCUAAAAUCAUUUCAUUCUAAAAUCAAUUCAAAAUCAAAUUAAUGGCAACCAUUGGGCCAGAGUUCUGUCAGGAUUGCCGAAGGAGGGAGUCAGGCUGUGCCCUGGCCAAAGGCCUGGUGGAACAGCUCUGUCUUUCAGGCCCUGCGGAAAGAUGUCAAGUCCCGCAGGGCCCUAGUCUCUUGGGACAGAGCGUUCCACCAAGUCGGGGCCACUACUGAAAAGGCCCUGGCCCUAGUUGAGGCCAGCCUAACCGCCUUGUGGCCCGGGACCUCCAAGAUGUUUUUGUUUGAAGACCGUAAGGUCCUCCGUGGGAAAUACCAGGAGAGGUGGUCCCGUAGGCCAUAUAGGGCUUUAAAGGUUAAAACCAGCACCUUAAGCCUGAUCCUGUACUCCACCUGGAGCCAGUACAGAUGGUAUAGCACCGGGUGAAUGUGAUCCCACGGCGAGGACUAGUGUUGGCCUCCUUCCCAAACAUGCCAUUCUCUCUGCUGUUCGCCUACCCAGGUGUACGCACUGCGCCGGGAAGCCAGGAAUGACUAAAACGAUGCUGAAGUGUGGGCACGGCACCACGGAGACGCCAAUGGCGAGAAAUGUUGUCUGCCAUGCAUGCGCUGCGGCAGAGCCAGGAACGGUCGCGGCCCACGGCAGCUCAGCCCCCAGUCGGUUGUGAUCCGCGUCAUGCUGUCAGCCCAAAACUAAUAUCUAUAGCAGCACUGACAUGUAUUCUUAAUGCGAUUCUUCCCCCUUGCUCCCAUCAACUCACAGGGAUGACAGGAGCUAGCUUGGGACCCGUACCGACUGCGUACGGCUGCACGGCCGGCUUCCCAUGCAGAGAGCUCUUGUAAUUGGAAAGGCAGGAGAGGAUUGCAGCUCCCCCAGAGGUUGCGCAGUUGAAGGUCUGGGGUCUCCGCUGGGAAGGAUGGCGGAAGGGAAGGAGCGAUUGCACCUGCUGUGCUUGUGCGCUAGAACAUGAGUGGCCAGCACACUGUUGCACUACUGUUCUGCUUGUUGGCCACUGGGGGAAUGUGGGAUGCUGGACUUAGGCUUUUUGCUCUCUUCUUACGUUCAGAUGAAAACAGAAAAGCAUCAGCUCUGAUGCAAGCGCAGACCCUGUCUGGAGCUGAUGUGUGGCUGUGAAAUCCACGCUUCCUAAGAGAAGUGGGUUUCUCCUACCCUCUUUUGUGGAAAAGGCAGCUCAGCACUUGACGCCUCUUCCAGUGAACCUGCAGACAGCCGGGUCUCAUCUUCCGGAGUGCCGUGCAUAAUGGAACCAGCGUUGUGGGUAUUUCAUCUUCUGAAUUAUCUCCCUAGCAGACUCCGCCGCUUCCCAGGAAUAAUUGUUCUUGGACUGUUGCUCAGCAAAGGGUCUCUCUCCUCUUUCCUUUCCUUUCCUUUCCCCCUUCUCCCCACCCUCACACAUCUUCCUCUCCCUACCUCCUGUCAUCGGGGUGGGGGUGGGUGGGCGGCCUCUCCCCUCUUUUGGAGUUGGUGUUGAUGGAAUUUUCCCUUGAUGAAGUCGCUUCUCCUUGGGAGAAACGCUGCCAGGCUUAAUGAGCCGGAAUGACGAGCGGUGUCAGCUUAGAUCAACAUCCUGAAUGCGUUGCGUUCUGCUUCCCUCUUGCCAUUUGUCUUUCGCAGGCGAGCUCCCUUUUAGGCUGCUCCCGAUUAGCCUGCCUUGGGAUUUGCCUCUCUCUGUGAGGAUGGGGCAAAGAGGAGACCUCUGGAGACAGCUAGACAUGCGAAUGCUCGCUGACAAAGCAGAGAUGCGUUCCAGGGAAGCUUUGACAUGAAAUUUGCAAUUUGGCCUGGAUCAGCUGCGCAAGUUUGGGGAACCAGUGUCACUGUUGGUCGGCCCCUUUGAAACUUUUUUAGGCUCCUGGGGUUCAGUUCACCUGUGAGGUUCUCUGUGUGCCCCCCCCCACAGUUUUAAUUAAAAAUGCUAAUCUGCUUCUGCCGGAGAAUCUUCCAUUUAAACCCCAACCUUUUUCUGUUUAUCAUUCCAAUUGGUUUAGUGGGUAACAGGUACAUUCACACUCAUCCUGGUAUGCCCCGCGGAGGAACUUAAGGUCCACAAAUGAUAACAUUUUGGAGGUCCCAAGUCGCAAGGUGGUUAGAUUGGUCUCAACUAGGGCCAGGGCCUUUUCAGUACUGGCCCCGACUUGGUGGAACGCUGUGUCACAAGAGACUAGGGCCAGGCGGGACUUGACAUCUUUCCGCAGGGCGUGCAAGACAGAGCUGUUCCGCCUGGCCUUUGGUUUGGACUCUGUCUGACCCUUAUGUUUCCCUCCCCUUAUGGUCUUGAUUCAUCAGCUAUUUUAAAAUGAGCCUGCAUUUUAAAUUGCAUUUUAACCUGUAUUUUAAAUUGGUUUCCCCCCCUCUUUCCCCCCCUAUUAUGUUUUUACUGUGAUUUUAUUUUAUUGGUGUUAGCCGCCCUGAGCCCGGCUCUGGCCAGGGAGGGCAGGGUAUAAAUAAAAGUUGUUGUUGUUAUUAUUAUUAUUAUUAUUAUUAUUAUCCGAUUUAUCGCCCAAUAAUCGUGUUUGAUUAGGGUACCGUUUCUGUCUUUUUGACCUCUACUGUGUGUUACCUACUACCCAGGUGUAAUUAUUCCCCAUGGUGCGUUGCAGAAGUAGCCAUCUCUGUCUUGCAUGGCAGGAAACCAGAGUUAUUUGGGACACCGCUAUGUGUUUCGCUAAGAAAACACCUUUUGACUAUGUCCCCUCUGAAAGAGUAGAGGAAGCGUUUCCAAAUACCAGAAAGCAUUGCCAGGUGUUUUUAAAAAAAUGCUAUGUCCCCUUUCUCUGGAUUCUUAAUGCUAUGGUUCAGUGGAUGGAACAGUGGAAUCCAUCCUCUGUGUUCAACCUCCGUGGUUUUGUGAUCCUUAGAAGAGCAGUUACCCUACAGUUCCCUCUCCCAUUGUAAACUGAUAAUAUUUGUGGUUCUGUGUCACGGCUGCCGUAAGAAGAGGCUGCUGAAUCGGAACGAGGGCACAUCCAGUCCGGCUUCCUAGUAUUCCGAUGUCUCUGGCAUUGGAGGCAGAACAUAGCCUUGUCCUCUGUGGAAAGACGCAAAAAGCAUUUGACAAAUUAAAAGCGAUAAUGAAGCAUGAGAACGCAUGAGCGCAACCAGAAACUGGAAAUCCCACGGGGCUCUUUCAGGAGUGAACGCAGUAAUUUGUAAUCCAAAUUGAAGUGUGCAGAUGGGAUUAUGAUGAUCAUGCGAGGUGAUACCGCUUGACAAAGAGGAAUCCGUUGCCUCCCAGUAUUUAUUGCCACCCAUUAGCAGUCACAGUUUCUUCUGUGAUUCCGCCGCCUUGUAUCAUUUGUGUGAAAUGUUAAAUCCUAGUUUUGACUAAAAAAACCCCCAUCAGUUACUGAAAAACCCCCAUCAGUUACUGGUUCCAAACUUGCAUGUUUCUUUUGCCAGUGGCUGUUCUGCAGUUGCUGUUGCUAACUGUUAAUAGCAACUACUGCAGAGAUUGCCAGCACAGCACCUGUGGGCACAGUGGUGCACUUCAUAGAAUCGCAGAAUUGUAGAACUGGAAGAGACCCUGAGGACUGCCUUCUGAGGGCCUGAAGGACCCUGCCCUUGCAUUUAAUUUUUAUCUGUGUUGUUUUAAAUGAGACCAUCUUGGCUGUGAGCCCUGGAAACCCUGCACCCUGCCUUGCUGGCCCUUUCCCAUCUGGCCUGGGAGAGUGGAAUGUGGACUGACUCCAGCUACAAAAGUUGGGCGCAAACAGCAAAACCCAAGUGCUGGGUUGGGGUGUUGGAGACUCUCUGCUCUGGUUUCCUGUUUGACUCAGGAGGAUGGCCUGCUGAAGGUCUGAAGGGCCCUGCCCUUGCCUCUCUCCACCUGGAUUGAGGUGGGGCUUAGGGCGGGACUGCGGCUGCUGCUCAGCAGAGACGGCUCCUCUUUUAAAUUGUUUUUAAUUUCUAUCUGUGUUGUUUUCAAUGAGACCGUCUUGGCUGUGAGCCCUGGAAGACCUGCACCCUGCCUUGCUGGCCCUUUCCCAUCUGGCCUGGGAGAGUGGAGUGUGGACUGACUCCAGCUACAAAAGCUGAGGCUGUUAUACAGAUUCUUGGGCUGGAGUAUUGUUUACGGGGGGUGUUGAGAGAGCUUGUUGCUGUUUUUGAUAUUGUUGUUGUAUCUUUAGUUGUAGAUCUUAUGAUUUAGAUGGAAAUUGUUUCCGUUUGGUUGUGUACGUUUUGAUGUGUUUUAUUUGUUGUUUAUGACUUCGGUUAUGUUGGUAAUUAUGUAAAUCUUGUCAUGUUGUAAGCCGCCUUGAGCAUAGUUUCAACUAUGGAAAGGCGGCAUACAAAUAAAAUGGUGAUGAUGAUGAAGUUAGUCCAACCCCCUGCAAUGCAGAAAUAUGCAGCUGUCCCGUAUGGGGAUCGAACCUGCAACCUUGGCAUUAUCAGCCCCACGCUCUGUCAUGGGGGUCACCUUAGACAGGGAAUGAAGGUGGUUGCUGAUGAAGGAACUUGGCAGAAUGUCCCUCUUUCUGGAUUCUGCUUUUUGGCUUCUCAAGGCUCAGAUUAAUUCUUCUGUAGUGAGAGCUGGACCAUAAAGAAGGCUGAUCGCCGAAGAAUUGAUGCUUUUGAAUUCUGGUGCUGGAGGAGACUCUUGAGACUCCCAUGGACUGCAAGAAGAUCAGACCUCUCCAUUCUGAAGGAAAUCAGCCCUGAGUGCUCCCUGGAAGGACAGAUCCUGAAGCUGAGGCUCCAAGACUUUGGCCACCUCAUGAGAAGAGAAGACUCCCUGGAAAAGACCCUGAUGUUGGGAAAGAUGGAGGGCACAAGGAGAAGGGGACGACAGAGGACAAGAUGGUGGGGCAGUGUUCUCGAAGCUACCAGCAUGAGUUUGACCCAACUGCGGGAGGCAGUAGAAGACAGGAGUGCCUGGCGUGCUCUGGUCCAGGGGGUCACGAAGAGGUGGACACGACUAAAUGACUAAACAACAACAGCAUCCAGCCUUUGCCAAGAUCCCUUGGGAAAGUGAGACGUGUUCCCUUCCUUUCCCUAUUUCUUUCGGGUGGGGAGGGGACUGAUCUGGGUGAGGGGUGAGGAGAGUGACCAGAGGAAGUGGGGACCCACAGCACCCCAUAGUCAUUUCUUAAUAAUAAUAAUAAUUUAUUAUCUAUACCCCGCCCAUCUGGCUGAGUUUCCCCAGCCACUCUGGGCGGCUACCAAUCGAGUGUUAAAAACAAUACAGCAUUAAAUAUUAAAAACUUCCCUAAACAGGGCUGCCUUCAGAUGUCUUUUAAAGAUGAGAUAGCUACUUAUUUCCUUCACAUCUGAAGGGAGGGCGUUCCACAGGGCGGGCGCCACUACCGAGAAGGCCCUCUGUCUUGUUCCCUGCAACCUCACUUCUUGCAAUGAGGGAACCGCCAGAAGGCCCUCGAUGCUGGAUCUCAGUGUCCGGGCUGAAUGAUGGGGGUGGAGAGGCUCCUUCAGAUAUACUGGGCCGAGGCUGUUUAGGACUUUAAAGGUCAGCACCAACACUUUGAAUUGUGCUCAGAAACGUAGUGGGAGCCAAUGCAGAUCUCUCAGGACCGGUGUUAUGUGGUCUCUGCGGUCGCCCCCAGUCACCAGUCUGGCUGCCACAUUCUGGAUUAAUUGCUGUUUCUGGGUCACCUUCAAAGGUAGCCCCACAUAGAGCACGUUGCAGUAGUCCAGGCGGGAGAUAACUAGAGCAUGCACCAUUCUGGAAAGCAGGAGGCUAGUGGCCACUCCAAGUUAGGGCCAGUUUGUAAACCUAAGCCAAUAGUUGCUCUUAGGAGACAAGUCCUAUAUCUUGAUCUCCAGCUGUGUGUGCAAUUCCUGUUAAAAGCAGGGUAUCCUACAGGUGUUGCGCCAGCUUUUCAAGCAGAACAAUGGUAACCGUGGGGGAAAAUAUCAACUGUGCUUAAAUGUGCUUUGUCAGCCACACUUAGAUUAGCGUACUGGGCUGGAGCGUUUGAUCUGUUUUUCUUCAGCAAGUUGCACUCCGGAGAGCAUGAAUCAGAUAAGGAACGGCUUAAGAUCCUCUAGUUUACAGCUAUUGAUAGCAAUCCGGGAAACCGUAUUGCAGCUGCAACGCUCUGAUUAUCUGUAAUGGAAGGAGAAGGAGCCCUGCUUGCGUGGAGAGUCUUGCUUUUGCAAGGACAACCCGUGCGCUGCUUCUAAUCUGUGGCCUGCCUUUCACAGAACAGCUGGGAUGAUGGAGCCUGCUUCUGUUCAGAUGCUGGCCCACUUGGCUCUGCGUCGUAUAAUCUCUCUUUCCAGUUGAGCUCCCUGCUGCCCUUUUAACCGGAGAGGCUGGGAUUUGAGGCUGGGGUCCUCUCCAUGGGAAAACACGUACUCUGCCUCUGCAGGGGAAAUGGGGGCUCUUCGAAACAGGCAAGCACCCAUCAGUAGUUAAGCAGAUUGGCAGAGGCUGUAGCGGAGGCAAUGGCUUUGGCUUCCCCUGCGCUUGACAAAGGCAUUUUAUACUUCUUGCAUGUGGAACAGCUCUAGCAGUGGUAGGAUUGAUGUGCUGGAUGGUGUUCUGCUCUUCAGGAGGUGAUCUCGCAGGUUCCUGCCUUUCCUUCUCCCAUCGCCACUGCAUCUGCAACUGUGUGAAGAAGCUGGGAUAGUUCACAUAUGAGUCUCUUAAUCUCAGAGUGUCAGGGCUGGGGGUUGGACUAGACGACUCUCUCGGUCCCUUCCAGCUCUGUGAUUCUGUCUCCUAGGCUUGCAGUGGCUCCUGAGACUGAAGGUUUUUUAAAAUUAUUAUUCAGUUUUCUUUUUCAUACAUCUCAUAUCCAUAACAUUUACUAUGCAUUCCUCCCUCCCUCCCCUCCAGGGCUUCCCCCAACUUCCGCUUCUGGUUUGUUUCUCCUUUCACCCACCUUCCUACCUCCUAAAAGAAAAAGUACUAAUAACAUAUUUAUACAUGAACAUCAAACCUAAAAACAUAAAGAUGAAAAUAAGUACACCAUAUUAUUUCUCUAUCUUCUACACAUUUUCUAAUACUAAUGAUGUGAAUGUUUAUUUAAAUCCUGCCAUCAAGUCUAUAGACUUUCUUUGUUGGGGCCAGUACUGAAAAGGCCCUGGCUCUGGUUGAGGCCAGCCUAACCUCCCUGUGGCCUGGGACCUCCAAGAUGUUUUUGUUUGAAGACCGUAAGGUCCUCCGUGGGACAUACCGGGAGAGGCAGUCCCGUAAAUAUGAGGGUCCUAGUCUGUGCACUAUGUGUGCAACUUUGCCCUUACUUCAAGACAGCCGCUUCCAGCCUGGUGUUCUCUAGGUGUUUGGGGCUAUAGCUCCUAUCAGCCCCAGUUAGUACAUCUGGAAAGGUUCUCUGAAGUCAUAUUGCAGCCAGAGAGACCAGGGAGUUUGGCAUGUGAUGGAAUCGGGUAUAGGGCACGGAGAAUUGAAGGGGGCUUUCCUCUGCCCGCUAAUUUAACCAGCCUCUCUGCACUUGGCUGAGCUCCGUCAUGAAGGAAGGUCUCUGUGUCCCAACCUAGGCUCAUUAUUUCCCCCCACCGCUCCCCCUUUCAUUGAUGGAAUGACUGCCAGGCUUGUUUCCAGCCGACACGCCGAGGCAGAACCUUUUCUUGCAGAAAGCCUCCGGUCUGUAUCUAAGCAAGCAUCGCUUUUUGUUUUUGUAUUAAACAGGAGGCAAACCCCUGGAGAUCGGCAUUCCAUGCUGCGAAGUUGUCGAGCGGUGAGGGGAAUGUGCGUCCCUGAUGACGGCAGUCUGUGGACUUGAGCCCAAGAGCAGAAUGUGGAAAGGUACCGUGGGGGAGAAGUUGGGGUUUGAGGGCCCAACUAGAUGGUGGCAGGGAUGUCCGGGGUUCCCUGAGCAUAAGAGAAGAGUCAAGGUUCAUGGAGGAUGAUUGGCUGGAAUAGGACAGUCACACCUCCUGCUUAGGCCUGGGACCCACGUACCUACGGGACCGCCUCUCCUGGUAUGCCCCGCGGAGGACCUUAAGGUCCACAAAUGACAACACUUUGGAGGUCCCAAGUCGCAAGGUGGUUAGAUUGGUCUCAACUAGGGCCAGGGCCUUUUCAGUACUGGCCCCGACUUGGUGGAGCGCUCUGUCACAAGAGACUAGGACCCUGCGGGACUUGACAUCUUUCCGCAGGGCCUGCAAGACAGAGCUGUUCCGCCUGGCCUUUGGUUUGGACUCAGCUAUUUUAAAAUGAAGCUGCUUUUUAAAUUGCAUUUUAACCUGUAUUUUAAAUUGGUUUUUCUUUCCUAUUAUGUUUUUACUGUAAUUUUACUGGUGUUAGCUGCCCUGAGCCUGGCUCUGGCCGGGGAGGGUGGGGUAUAAAUAAAAUUUAAUAUUAUUGUUGUUGUUGUUGUUGUUGUUGUUGUUAUGCACCUCCCAGCCUCUUCCACAAUCUCUUUCUGUUGGUUUCAUGCAGUGGCUCCCAUCGCCCAGAUGCAUGUUUGCAUAGGUGCCCAUGUAGGAGUGCCCAGCACUGUAAGGGAGCAUGGCAGCUGGGAGCAACAGCCACAGUGAAUUGCAGGUGUUUGGGAUCGGGCCAUGAACUGGAAUAAUAAUAUAAUAGUAAUAAUAAAUUUUAUUUAUAUCCCGCCCUCCCCAGCCAAAGCCGGGCUCAGGGCGGCUAACAACAAUCAAAUAAUCAAACAAUCAAAUAAUCCAACAUUCUAAAACAUUUCAUUAUAAAAAUUAAUUAAAAUCAAAUUAAUGGCAACCGUUAAGCAAAGUUCUGUGCAGGUUGCCAGAGGAGGGAGUCAGGCUGGGCCCUGACCAAAGGCCUGGUGGAACAACUCUGUCUUGCAGGCCUUGCGGAAAGAUGUCAGGUCCCGCAGGGCCCUAGUCUCUUGUGACAGAGCGUUCCACCAGGUUGGAGCCGUAGCCGAGAAUGACCGCCCAAGCCUGCAUUCAAAGCAUAUCUCGAGGCUCAAUUCAGGAUGUCUCUGCACUGUAGGUUCUCAUGCCCUGUCUGGUUCUUCACCUUUUCCUGAAAGCCAUUCUAUGCAGACUCUCUCUGGUCCUGAUCACUCGCUGCACGGGUAGCGGGAAGCACCCAGUGGCAUGUGAAACCCCCAACCCUUCCUCUAAUAAUUUGAAGACCUGGCGUGUUUUCGGGAAUGAGUCACUACAGAUAAGAGCCUUUGUGGCUCCCUCGCUUCUUUUUGAGCUCGGGGAUCUGUUUAUAUCUUCAGCAGACGCUUAUCAAGUGUGUAGCAAUUCCGUGAUGUGCUUCCACAUUUGAGCCAAGCCUUUUAAGUCGUGCUUAUUUAAUCCACAGGGUACACCCAAGCACCCUAGUAAGCCGCAGAAUACCAAUUUUUGUUUCGUGCCCUUGGGUCUGGGGUCUGAUGGCUCACUGCCCCCUCUAUCCUGGCAGCGUCAAAAGUUGCGAAAGCUCCCUUUCCAAUCUAGGCCUUGCAUCCUUUGCUUUCCCCUCCACAGUACAUCCUUUUCUUCCUUUCUUCCUUCUUCCUUUGAAGACGCCUCGGUGCUCAGUUCCCAAGAGGUCCUGGCCCUCUCGGAGUUCAAAAGGUUUUGCUGCUUUGAGGCCUGGUUGUGGUCUUCUCAAAGCAGGUGGGGAAGGUGGUUUUGGUGGAGGAAAGAAUAUGCCUUGUAACGUAAAAGAGAAACGAGCCUUGGGCGAUAGAGGUGAGCUGCGCACAGCACUCUGGAUUUUCAAGUCCGCUGCUGCUGUGUUGGCUGGGAUUUUACAUGCAAGCGUUGCUGUGGGCGGUGUUAACAUGGAGAUAAACUCUCCUCCUUGCUUUUGAGCUGACAUUGUCAGCUGGCCAGGCUCCAGCAGCUGAUCUGCCCUGAAGUCAAGUGUUCCAUAACACGGCUAUAUUGGGAAUGGCGAAAGGCUUGCAACGAAAGCUCAGGGACGAAAAUCUGCAGAACGGGGGGAGGCACCGCUGUUUUUGUUGCCUCGAGCUACCUCCCCUUCAAUGUGUAGGCUUACAUGUCCAACGAUCAGCCCACAAAGUGGGAUCCAACGUAAAAUAAAAUGAUUUACUUGUCCUUGGGACUCGCUUGCUAUGCCACUUAGACCUGCCACAUUUUACAUGUUUCUGACAACAAAUCCAUAAAACGUGGAGGGCAGGUGAAGAAUGCUAAACAUGCUACAACGAUGCGCCGGGGAGCUCUGAUCGCUUGCAGCAAUCCACAGAUACACGUCUUAACUUCACACUCUGGGUGUUUAUUGUCUAGCCUUUGCAGAUACAAUUAUUGUGUGAAACAGCUUGGACGGUCUUGGCUUGGACUUAGGCUGUCGAUGACUUUACAGGUUCUGUCUGCCGAACUUUUCAGGAUGAGAAUUGGGUCCAUUCUGAGCCUUGCUUUUGGGACUCGGCCAUGCACAUAGGCAGGGGCGCAAACCCUUCUUGCUAAAUUUCGAGCCGAUGAGAUUUUCUAGGGGCUAGGAAGAGGGGAAAUGUGCUUCUCUGCAAUUGCAGCAGCCGUGGGCUCCACAUGCCAGGCCCGGUUUUUACACUUCCAGAAGCUACUGGGGUGUCUGGAUUUUUGCACUCCUGUAGGUGGGCCUGUCUCUGCAGCACCUCCUCUUCUACAUGCAGUGUAGGCCUGGGAAAUAUCACAGGGAGCUGCCAUCCUUUAGAGGUGGACUAAUGAAUGGCCUGUAAGGGACACUGUGGGUUAAACCACAGAGCCUAGGACUUGCUGAUCAGAAGGUCGGUGGUUCAAAUCCCCGUGACAGGGUGAGCUCCCGUUGCUCUGUCCCAGCUCCUGCCAACCCAGCAGUUCGAAAGCACGUCAAAGUGCAAGUAGAUAAAUAGGUACCACUCCGACGGGAAGGUAAACGGUGUUUCCGUGUGCUGCUCUGGUUCGCCAGAGGCGGCUUAGUCAUGCUGGCCACAUGACCCGGAAGCUGUACGCCGGCUCCCUCGGCCAAUAAAGCGAGAUGAGCGCCGCAAUCCCAGAGUCGUCCACGACUGGACCUAACGGUCAGGGGUCCCUUUACCUUUACCUAAUGAAUGGCCUGCCUUGGUAUAUUCUGGAUGUUGGAGGGGAGCUUCAACCUAGGCCAUUCCCGUUCAUCUCUUCUCAAUGGAUGAGCAGCUCCAGUGAAACUAAUGAGAAAAGCAAGAGAUUUUUUAACAAUGGGAGCCAUAAUAGAGUCCUGUGACCCUGAUUCUCAUAAAAGCUUGCAGGUCAGAUUUAUUCGCUGAAGGGACUUCACUGCCACUUCUUGUUAAGAGAGAUGGUCUCCUCGUCUCCUCUUCUCCUUCGUUUUGCCACCUAGCUGGGUCUGAGGAGGAAAUCACGAUUCUUUUGGUAGAUUAGGAAAGGCUGGUGGUUGGGUAACCAGCUAUGGUCUCAGUCCAGGCUUCUCAUUCUAGCGCCCUUGUCAUAGCCAGGUGAUCGGAAAAUGAAUCCUAAAGGGAAACUGGCAUUGAAAGGAGUUAGACGUGAUCCAGGGCGGGGUUAUCUAGCAUGGGCCCUUCCUUCCGUCCCGGAUCUGUUUGGAAUGUGCCGUGACGGAGCGCUUCCAAACCCCUCUUUCGGAUCAAUGAUAAAAGCCUCUCUGACAGCACUUGGCAGCAGCCUCUAUACAUUAUUUAGCCCCUCCUCCCAUGCAUUAGCACAUUUCAUGGCUCCCCGGGGGCAGGAGCCCUAGGUGUGCUGGUUAAUAUCUCUCUGCUUCUCUUUUAUAUCUGCUAGUUUACUGCUCUUUGGGGAAAUGGGGCUGCUGGCUGCCUCCCCACGCCCCUGAGUGGCUGGACCUAUAGGGAGGUGGACCUCGAUGGAGCUGUUGCUGUUGCAGGCAGGGCAGCUAAUUGGGAGCCGGUAGGGAGCAGAUGGAAGGACAGAGCUCACUGGAAGCUCACUGGAAGGACAGAUCGUGAAGCUGAGGCUCCAAUACUUUGGCCACCUCAUGAGAAGAGAAGACGCCCUGGAAAAGACCUAGUGGUGGGCAGUUAGGAUCCAACGGAGGGAUGAUUUUGAAGGAAUCUGGGACCCAGCCCCUUUUAGCUGGAAACCAAGAGGGCAGUGCAGCUGUUUGAGCCACUGUUAGCUGCUCUGGAACUUGGUCCGAGUCCCUCAUAAUGACCUUUUUGUUGUGUGAGUCUGUGCCCACGGACCUCCAUCCUCCUUCCCUGCCCCACCUCCUUGUCUUGUGGGCCGGGAGAGGGGGGAAGGCUAAGAAAGGAGCAGAGAUGUGGGGCUUGUGUGUGUGUGUGUGUGUGUGUGUGAGAGAGAGAGAGAGAGAGAGAGAGAGAGAGAGAGAGAAAGAAAGAAAGAGAGAAGAGUAGAUUAUUAAGUGGACCUUGCUUUAAAAAUCCGGAGAACAGCAAGGACGGAAAGUGCGAGGUGAAACUCGCUUCAGAGACAGCACCAGAGCUUUAAACCCAGCCAAGGAUGGUAGUGGCAGGCCCCUUCUCCAUUUCUUCCUCUCCCUUUCCCAAUGUGAGGGGCUCUGUCCUCUUCUCUGAACCAGUUUUGCGGACGUGGCUGAUAAAAUGCCCGUCAGAGGAGAAGCCAAGCACCUGCCGAGCUGCUGAAAGGUUUGCUUCUGCGUCUGCAGUGUGUGUGAAGAGCUGGUGCCAAACCACCAAUUUUCACCUUCGCUGGGUGCAAACAGCUGGUCUGGAGCAAAGAGCAAAAUCCAGCGUGCUGGGUUGGGGUGUAGGAGACACUCUGAUCUGGUUCUCUGUUUGACUCAGGCCUGCUGAGGGCCUGAAGGACCCUGCCCUUGCCUCUCUCCACCUGGCCUAGGGUGGGACCUGACAGGCUCUUAAGGACUGCUGCUGCUGCUCAGCAGAGAGGGCUCCUCUUUUAAAUUGUUUUUAAUAUCUAUCUUCCCUGGAAAAGACCCUGAUGUUGGGAAAGAUUGAGGGCACAAGGAGAAGGGGAUGACAGAGGACGAGAUGAUGGGACAGUGUUCUCGGAGCUACCAGCAUGAGUUUGACCAAACUGCGGGAGGCAGUGGAAGACAGGAGUGCCUGGCAUGCUCUGGUCCACGGGGUCACGAAGAGUCGGACACGACUAAACGACUAAACAACAAAAAUUUCUAUCUGUGUUGUUUUUGUUGUAAAUAAAACCUGCCCUUUUCCCCUUAUGGGGUAUCCAAGAGCCCAUAUAGAGUCCUUACGUAGGUUCCCUAUUGGUAGGAGAAAAUACCAGAGGCCAACCAGAGAAUAUUGAGAAGCAAGGCAGCCAGUAAGCCUGAUCUUUAUGGAUCUGUUGCAACAGGGUCCUCACUUCCCACACGCAGGAGGGAGGAAGUGCCCAGAACAAUGGCACGCAAUGCCAUUGAUAAAGACAUUUUAAAUUGCUACCCUGAAGAUCAAGACCACCCCCACAUACAUCAUACAUACAUCACAGAAGGGGUGUAGCUCAAGACACCCCCCCCCGAUACAUCAUACCUACAUCACAGAAAAGGCGGUCUAAAACAGAAAUUUGAGUGUUGUUUUUCUCCUGUCAUUGUCUGGCAGGUUACUUGAUUGGAUACCCUGCUUACUUGAUUGGAUUGCCUGGGGAGCCUGGCCAGUCUUUUGUAAUGAUAAAUACUUGGUUCCUGAGCCAGGUCACAGGAUCACACCCUAUUCAUAUCUUAAAUGUACCCUUAAGACAGGAUUUGUGAAGGAAAAGACAAUGGGGAGGCUUUUCCAUUUUCCUUUAACCUUGCAGUGAAAACAUUUGGUCAGUUUGGGAAUCAAAAUGGUUUCAGGUCAGUCUUCCUGUGCUGAUCUAUGUACGUGCUUGGUUGGUACACUUACGAACAUUUAACAUAUAUCUAAGACCUCAAAAUUUCUAUCACAUUUUCAAUUAGACCGUCUUGGCUGUGAGCCCUGGGAAAACCUGCACCCUGCCUUGCUGGCCCUUUCCCAUCUGGCCUGGGAGAGUGGAGUGCGGACUGACUCCAGCUACAAAAACUGAGGCUGUUGAACAGAUUCUUGGGCUGUAGUAUUGUUUCCGGGGGUGUUGAGAGAGCUGUUGCUGUUAUUGAUAUUACUGUUGUAUCUUUAGUUUUUGAUCUUAUGAUUUACGUGGAAAUUGUUUCCAUUUGGUUGUGUACUUUUUGAUGUGUUUUAUUUGUUGUUUAUUACUUCGGUUAUGUUUGUAAUUAUGUAAAUCUUGUUGUGUUGUAAGCCGCCUUGAGCAUAGUUUCAACUAUGGAAAGGCGGCAUACAAAUAAAAUGAUGAUGAUGAUGGCUUUCCCACCCCCAGUGCAUCUUUAGAACAGUGACACCACCCCCUUUCACAAAGCCAAUUUCCUCUCUUUUUUGGUUUUAUAUUCAUCUUCAAAAUAUUUCUUUCUUACACACUGCUUCUGGGGGGAGGAGCCAUUUUGCGUUAUCGGCCACCGCUUCCAUCCAUCAGCCACUUUUUAAUGAUCAGCUGCCAGAACGUAAGAAAAGCUGGCUAAUUGAGGCUCACCCUGCCCCACAUCAUAGAAUCAUAGAACUUUAGAGUUGGAAGGGAGCCAAUGGUCAUCUAGUCCAACCCCCUGCAAUGCGGGAAUCUCAGCUAAAGCAUCCAUGGCAACAAAGCAUCUUUGGCAACAAAGGACUGAGAUAAUAAUAACUAAUUAUAAUAAUAAUUGCCAGGGACGCGGGUGGCACUGUGGGUAAAAGCCUCAGCGCCUAGGGCUUGCCGAUCGUCAGGUCGGCGGUUCGAAUCCCCGCGGCGGGGUGCGCUCCCGUUGCUUGGUCCAAGCGCCUGCCAACCUAGCAGUUCGAAAGCACCCCCGGGUGCAAGUAGAUAAAUAGGGACCGCUUACUGGCGGGAAGGUAAACGAUGUUCCAUGUGCUGCGCUGGCUCGCCAGAACAGCUUCGUCACGCUGGCCACGUGACCCGGAAGUAUCUCCGGACAGCGCUGGCCCCCAGCCUCUUAGGUGAGAUGGGCGCACAACCCUAGAGUCUGUCAAGACUGGCCCGUACGGGCAGGGGUACCUUUACCUUUACCUUUUAUAAUAAUAAUUAUUAUUAUUAUUUAUACUCUGCCUUCCCCAGCCAGAGCCAGGCUCAGGGUGGCUAACACCAAUAAAAUCACAGUAAAAACAUAAUAGGGGGAAAAGAGAGGGGUGGAAAAAAACAAGAAAAAAACACCAAAAACCUAAUUUAAAAUACAAGUUAAGUGCAAUUUAAAAUGCGGCCUCAUUUUAAAAUAGCUGAUAAUUCAAGACCUUGAGGGAAACAUAAGGGUCAGACUGAGUCCAAACCAAAGGCCAGGCGGAACAGCUCUGUCUUGCAGGCCCUGCGGAAAGAUGUCAAGUCCCGCAGGGCCCUAGUCUCUUGGGACAGAGCGUUCCACCACGUUGGGGCCAAUGGCCCUAGUUGAAACCAAUCUAACCUCGAUAGAUUUGUGUUCUCUGGGAGCCUAGUAAUGUGUGUUUGUGUGUGUUAGUUUUCAUUAAAACUACAUGAUUUUGUUAAUUUUAAAUUUUCUGUCCUGUGGUUCACAGCCAAAAUGCAAGCGACACUGCCUUGUCGUUGACUCAGGAAAAACCUGAGGGCAAAACUCUCGGAUUAGGUUUUCGUGACUUCUGCCUCAACCUCUCCACUCAAGGCGUGAGGUUUGCUGCUGUGAGAUUCCACUGCCCUUAA